UAUGUCUACUUUACAGCUGUUCGUUUGGUGAAUUCUUAUUUAUCACAUGCUGGUCGUGUUGAAGUGCUGUUCAGUGGUAUAUGGGGAACAAUUUGUGGCGACUAUUGGGAUUUACCGGACGCUGAUGUAGUUUGUCACCAGCUUGGAUACGAUGGAGCUUUACGAGCAGUUCGUAACGCAGCAUUUGGACGAGGAACAGGCCCGAUAUGGUUGGAUGACGUGCAAUGUGUGGGAAAUGAGCCAUCAAUAUCACACUGCAAUCACUUAGGAUUGGGAGGUCACAACUGUGGUCACUAUCAAGAUGCUGGCGUAAUUUGCCGACCUGCAGGUAAUGUGAUGAUACACGCUCACAAUGAACAGCUCAAAGCCAACAGAUAUUCUUUUUUUCUUAAACUCAUUUUUAGCCGUUUUUACAAAAUGAUGCGUAUAACGCUAUUUUUAGUGAAUCAAUGCUAACUAAAGGACAGGUAAAACCAUCCAUAACACACAAAGAUGUAAAUCCCCGCUUACAAGGUAUUCAGAACAGUCUUUCUUUCAAAAAUAUAUCAAGGAGGUUCCUGUUAUUUUGAUACAUAUCAUAAUCCGUCGCUAGCUUUAAUAGACCUUUAUGAACUGGUUAAGCAUCAUUUCCAGCACAAAAACAGAUCUUUUGAGGAGCCCUCACAAUGUUAAACAAGCUUUCUUAUAUUCUCACAUUGACAACAGUUCGUUUGGUGAGCUCCGCCAAUUUACCGUUAUCUGGUCGUGUUGAAGUGUUUUAUAAUGGUACAUGGGGAACCAUUUGUGAUGACUUAUGGGGCUCACAGGACGCUGAAGUAGUCUGUCAUCAGCUUGGAUACGAUGGAGCUUUAUCAGCACCUGGAGCCGCAGCGUUUGGACAAGGAACUGGUCAGAUAUGGCUGGAUAACGUUAGAUGUUUUGGAAAUGAGAAAACCAUAUCACAGUGCAGACACGAAGGAUGGGGAGUUGAGAACUGUGGGCAUAGUAAAGACGCUGGUGUGGUAUGCCGACCCAAAGGUAGAGUAAAGAUACGAGUACUUUUUAUUACCAUCUUUAGCAAGCAUUAGCAUGGACUAAUCAGAAUUAGAGAAAGCUAUUGCAUAUUCGACAGUAAUUCAAUUAAACUUUCCAUCUCGCGAUCUUAUUUACACUAACGGAUAGCAAGUGGUGCCAUUUCUUGAUUUUUUAAAGCGUACGACUGCAAUCUUUAAUGAUGGUCCUUAAUUAAUUGUAUUUAGAAUGAUUGACUUAAGGAAUAAACUUUGUAAGAUCUGAGAUGGUGUACAUCAAGAAACUCUUUAAAAAACAUUUAAAUUAAGUUUUAGCGCACAGUCAUUAUUGGGAUCAACAAUGAGGUAUGGUAAAGUAUAGCUACAUAGUGUCUCCCAAGGCUGAAGGCUUUCUUAUAUCGCUAUCAACCUGACUCUACCGUACGAUUUGUUUUCUUCCGUCUAGAGCAAAAGAGAUGAGACCUUAAAACUCUUGAGCUGGCCCUUUUCAAUGGCUUUGUUUCUUUUCGACAUGAAUAAUCGGAGGAUAAAUAUCGACGUAGACGGGGAUUAUUGUGUGAUGACAGUCCGGUGAUUCUCCACCACGUGACUUAAAGUAGGCAAUAAAAUCGCGCAAAAAUUAAUGGGUAGUUUAUGACCAUCAGCCCUCUGCUGUGCUCUGACAAACACUUAAAGCUCGACGUGUCAAUCGUUUAAAAUGCCAAAACUCGGUAUGGUGGCUUACUUCUUGGUGAUAAUCGUUGAUGUAUAACCCUUUGCAAGGCAUUGCGUAAAGCAACCUUAGAUGUAACUCUUAUUAGGAAAGGCGAUGAGAUAUUGAAAUCAUUCUCCAUAGACAAGGAGCGAACUAUUUUCCCAACUUUUAAAUGGCUCUCUCGCUAAGACCGGUCCUCUCGAUUUCGCGAGAUAAAAGGUUUCUUACUUAGGAAAACGCUUUGCGACAAAUUAUUAAUAAGAUGUUGCGUCAUUAAAUUUAUAACAUUAUCCACUACUAUCAGUCAAUGUGUGGCAUACUGUCGUUUCGUGGUAUAAAGUUGCUAAACAAUUUUAUGUUAAGGUAUAGCUUCAUAUGAAACACACAAAAAUACUGACCUCUUGGUGUACUACAUGAGGCAAGUCGAUGAUCGAUAUUUACGCGGCUCAGUUGCCAACGAUUCCGCUUCUUUGUAAGAUUUUCUUUGUAACAAAUCAGAAUCAAAGUCACCAGGGAAGGUCUGUAGAUAGAGCCGAUCAGAAAAGAUUUUAAUCUCACAGAAGUGGGGACGCAUCAUUGCGGCUUCUAUAUCAAAAUUAUCCCAUCUAUAAACUGGAUGUACAGUUAGGUUUUCUUUAUACUACGCCGCCGCCUUGAUUGUCUCGAUCAUUCCUAACUGAUAUGAAGCCAGGGAUUCUUAUUCAGUGAUCUAAAAUGUAAUCAUUUGUGAUGAAUCACUCUAAUGCCAAGUAGAAGGCUACUGCUUCGGCUAAAAACAUUGUUUAACAGGCCGUUAAGGCGUUCAUUUAAGACAGACAGGUCGUUGUCUUCUUGAGUCGAGUAAUCUACAGUUUAUGAAUCAUGUGGAACAAUUUGAAGAUGGAAGUAGUCCUUAAACUAGUUCAAUAAAGACAGGGAGGAAAAUUCAAGUCAAGUAGUCCAUACCCUAAAAGUCUAUAAAUUCGCUUGGUUUGAAUCCUUCGCAUUUACGAUGAUCUACAAGCGAAUAGAGCAUUUGCAAGGAUAAUUUAGAGCCAGGAUUGAGUGAGACAACUCUGCUUAGGACAGGUUGUUGGAACGAGUUCGUUGAAUUUAUGGGCGAAAUAAGGCAGCCUCGAGUGAAGAAAUUGUUAUCCUCUUGUCGUUACAAGAUGGUGGCUUCAACCUCGCACUGCGAGUCAGUUUUCUUGUAUCACCCAACAACAGUAAGAAUAAAAGGACACAAAAAUUCAGGAAAGAUAAACAGGAGAAAUCUGAGUCCAAGUAUAAGUUUCGAUUGUCGUCUUGAUAGGCAAACAAACAGCUCUGCCGAAUACCAUGCUUCCCGUCGAAGGGUAAAUAAUUUCCGUGAGCGUUUCGAGAAAAGGACUCUUCAAUAUCUCCUUUCAAACACAGGUGAAACGGCGGUGGAAUGUAAAUGAUACCAUUGUACACUUGCUGAGUUAGCUAGUUGCUACCAAAAGGGCGGAAGCUAUGCGACUAUCAUGUUAUGGAUUAGGGCAAGGGUGUUCUUUGCACUGCUGAGAUCAGCAUUACUUUGCUUAAGAGGCUUGCGAGCUUCUAGAGAUGUUCAUUUAGAAUUGUUGGACAUUGAUACGGAUAUUGAAAGAGGAAAUACAAAUAUUCGUUAAGGCAUCGAGAACGCUAUUUCUGGGGAAAUCAAGCCAAAGCCAGGAAUACUACUUUGUUUUUUCUUUUGUAACCCUUGAUUUAUCUUUGAUCCAUGGAAAUCAUAGCAAACCAAAACUUUUGUUUUCUACAUAAAGCAUUUGUGCAAAGUAUUGAUACAUUUUUUAUUAUUAGUUUGUCACUAAAUAAUUUUUAUAAAAAAUCAGUAAUUAGUUUGCAGAAUUUUAGAGAUGAAAAUUGUUGUUUUUAGUUAUUAACAAGACAGUUUUCUAUUGUACAUAUUCAAUUUUCAAGAACUUCCCUUAAAAGUUGAUUUUCCUGAUAUCAUUUUUUUUAGUUUUAGUUGGGAAAUUAAAAAAAGUAUUAUUAUUAUUGAGUAAAACCCUGCCCUUUAUUGGGACAUUUGCUCAUACCGGAUUUGCGAAGUUGCCUGGCUUGACCUAAUUUCUAAGAUAGUAUAUUUGCAUAUGCUAGUUCUUACUAGCUUACUAAUAUAACUGCUGGUUAACUUUUAUGUCUACUUUACAGCUGUUCGUUUGGUGAAUUCUUAUUUUUCACAUGCUGGUCGUGUUGAAGUGCUGUUCAGUGGUAUAUGGGGAACAAUUUGUGGCGACUAUUGGGAUUUACCGGACGCUGAUGUAGUUUGUCACCAGCUUGGAUACGAUGGAGCUUUACGAGCAGUUCGUAACGCAGCAUUUGGACAAGGAACAGGCCAGAUAUGGUUGGAUGACGUGCAAUGUGUGGGGAAUGAGACAUCAAUAUCACAGUGCAAUCACUUAGGAUUAGGCGUUCAUAACUGUCGUCACAAUAAGGACGCUGGCGUAGUUUGCCGACCUGCAGGUAAAGUGGCGAUAGAUGCUCACAACAAAAAGCUCAAAGCUAACAGAUAUUCUUUUUUUCUUCAACUCAUUUUUAGCCUUUUUUACAAAGUGAUGCGUAUAACGCUAUUUUCAGUGAAUCAAUGCUAACUAAAGCACAAGUAAAACCAUCCAUAACAUACACAGCUUACAAGCUAUUCAGAACAAUCUUUCUUUCAAAAAUAUAUCAAGGAGGUUCCUGUUAUUUUGAUAUACAUCAUAAUCCGUCGCUGACUUUAAUAGACCUUUAUAAACUGGUUAAGCAUCAUUUCCAGCACAAGAACAGAUCUUUUGACGAGCCCUCACAAUGUUAAACAAGCUUUCUUAUAUUCUCACAUUGACAAUAGUUCGUUUGGUGAGCCCCACCAAUUCGUUGUGGUCUGGUCGUGUUGAAGUGUUUUAUAAUGGUACAUGGGGAACCAUUUGCGACGACUCGUGGGACUUACAAGACGCUGAAGUAGUUUGUCGCCAGCUUGGAUACAAUGGAGCUUCAUCAGCACCUGCUGAUGCAGUAUUUGGACAGGGAACUGGUCCGAUAUGGUUGGAUGACGUUAAUUGUGAAGGAAAUGAGACAUUGAUAACGCAGUGCAGCCAUGGAGGAUGGGGAGUUCAUAACUGUGGUCAUGGUAAAAAUGCCGGCGUAGUGUGCCGCCAACUAAAAGGUUAGCUAGAUUAUGAUCUUGCAAACAAUUAUUUUCCAAUCCAUUUAGUUCUCUAAAUCCGAUUCAAUUCGCUUCUUGAAAACUGGCAACAAAGAACUUAAGGCAUUCCAUGGAAGCACGAGUUCAAACUCCCGCUAAAGUCUGAUUAGUUCAGACUUAAUUAUUUCACUUUCAACAGCAGUUCACCUUUGAUGAUCAUUUUGUUACCCGUGACUAUCCGAUGGUUGGGGUAAAACCUAUCUAUCAAGUAUUCUAUUUUUGGAAACAAACUCUUUCAUUUUGCGGUCAGGGUCCUUUAACAUUCGAAAGUUAAAAAACAUACUUAGUUAAGUUGCUUUACUGUCUCUAUAUACAAUCUUAUGGUACUUGUUCUAAAAAACAACAAUAGUAGCAAACAAAAGAGCGGAACAUUUGAGUAACCAGCCGCUACAGGGCUCGCUGUCUAAACUGUAACCUGUAUCUUUUUAAUAACUUACAUUUUGCUACAAAGUACUUGGCAAAACUCCGACCAACUUAGAACCAAUCAGAACGCUUAGGUUAACCUCAGGACUACCUAUAGUAAUUGCAUUUAUUUUAAUGUGCGCGCGUUGGAUAUGAGAUGGUAAAUAGCCAACAAGCACACAUGGAAUAGUUGCUCAGCAAAUUUCAUUAAAUCCAGAACGUUUGAAUAUUUUCAGCAAAACUCUUCAACUUCCAACUCGUCGCAAUGCAUUUCCGUAUAGGCUGAAUCGGAAUAUAAGCUGAUAAUCGAGGUUGUGUAAACCAAUCAGAACACUACAAGUGCAACACUCAGAGUUGAAAAUUUCAUUAUAACAAAUAUGGGUUAUUUGCACUUUGAUAAAAGUCUUGAAAAUGCGGCUUCGGGCAGAAUCUUCAAGUCCGAAGUUAUUUUGGAUACGGACCUACGAAAAACUAAAUUUUUCGAAGAGGGAUAUCUGAAUUCAAUUUUGGUCACCUUAACAGCCCAGCAUAUGAUGGACUUCCAUUAUAAAUUUCAUCGUCAUUUUCAUGUAAAGUAACUCUAAGGCUAUGAAACUAGAAAUGGGGAAAAAAAAAAAAACGACAUGUUACCCAGUUUCAAGUUCGCUUUUUAUUGUCAGACUUCGAUACGUUCACAUUCCAGUUAGAUAACACGGCAUAAUAUAGCAUGAUACAUGAGUCGUAUGUAAUUUGAGGCGUAACACACAUGAUAAAAGCUGAAAAUUCCAGUCUACGAAUCAUUCUGAAAUAUCGCGAGAAAAACGGUAGAUAUUUUUCAGAAUAGUAGUCACGAAAUGUAGAGACUGUAAUAAGUUUCUUGAGAGCGACGUAAAAAAUAUUUUUCUCUAUGUACACGUUAACCACAGUCCGUUUGGUGAGUCCCGACAAUUCGCUGUUGUUUGGACGUGUUGAAGUCCAGUUUCAUGGAACAUGGGGAACAAUUUGUGAUAAUGACUGGGACCUAAAGGAUGCUGAUGUGGUUUGUCGCCAACUUGGAUACGAUGGAGCCUUAUCAGCCCUUAGAGAUGCAGCAUUUGGACAAGGAACAGGCCCGAUAUGGAUGAAUAAGGUGCAGUGUGGAGGAUCUGAGAAAUCAGUCUCACAAUGCCCGCACGCAGGAUGGGGAGGUCAUAGCUGUGGGCAUCACAAUGAUGUUAGUGUGGUGUGCCACCAGAUUAAAGGUAAAUUCAAUGAUACGCGCUCCUAUCUUAAUAAUCUUAAUUCUUUCUACUCCAUGGUGGGGAUACUGAAAAUUUUCAAGAAAUAAUUUCGUUGAGAAAAGUUAAAAAUGCAGCAUUUUUUCCACUUAAAUGUUAUUAACAUCUACAUAAUUUAAAAAUUCUACGCCUCACUAUCCCUCGUAAUGCUACGUAACGCGUAGGGACUUUCAUCUACAUUUGGGUGACCCGUUAUGUAUGGGGUUGGCAGUAAAUAUUGUCAUUUUCUUUUCUUUACUACUUUAUCUAUACACGCGUAUGUAGAUAAAAAGUCAGGCAUUGGGUUUUAAGAGGGAGCAAAAUAAUAGAUAUUUUCUGGGAGGGAGUAAGGAUUACGAAAGGUUGUAAAGAUGGCUUCUUUUUUGUGCACUCUUUUUGAUGUCGAAAAUUGAUGCAGUAUCAGACCAUGUGUCUCAAAUUAAUCUUUUUAAUGACUAAGGAGACGACCAGGACCAGGAUUUGACACCUGUUAGUCUUCUUCCCUUUCAUUUCGUUUAUUUUUUAAUUUUCUCAAUUCUUCUGUUUCAAUCGUUAUAACAUCUAUUCUUUGAGGAACUGCAUACAUGACCGACGCAGUGUUUAUUUAGGGAUAUAUUAUGAUGUUGGUGUUAACUAGCAAGAAACUAAGAACAUCGUCAUAGUACGCAAAGGAAUGGACUCCUCAUCUAAAUUUAUUAAUAUACAUGUAGUUUUUUAGUUCUUAAUAUCUGGCAUGGGCAGAAUCAGCAGGUUCUAGGUCUCGUCUUUUAUCAGUUUAGUAGAUUUAAUUAAAGAAAAAUAACUUUAAAAAUGCAAAUACAAUCAGGGCAGAUUCAAUUUUAUUCUUCAAUACUUGCUUGCACAGUUUGCUUAAAGGCAAGAGAAGGUAAUCAUUUUCAUGUCCAUAAAGGCUUUUGAUAUUGAGGUUAUCCUUUUUUGUUCCCAGAUGCACCAUCAGCCACCCAGGCAAGCACAGUCAUCAAAUUGGAGUUAGGAGAAGAUAGGUCUAUUGGUUGCCCUGGAAACACCCCAGCUGUUAUCACGUGGUACAAAGGGAAUGAUACCAGCGGCAGAAAAAUGACUAACUGCUCAACUCUUGAGGUUGAGAAUUUUGCUUCAAGUGACGAAGGAUGGUAUACCUGUUUUUCGAAAAAUGCAACCGUCCGGUUUUUACUAGUUGUUGGUAAGUUAAAGUUAAAUUACUGAUAAAUAUAAACCACUAUAGAAUCUGGGGCUGACGUAAGUCAGCAACAUUGUCAGCAAAGUCGUUGGCAAAAUACAAGGCUUAAGCAAAUUCUAGUGGUAUUUUUUUUUUAUUGGCAUGUUAGAGCUCUCUUUCCUCCGACAUACUAUUUAGCAGAAGGAAACAGAACAAAGGAAUUUUUUAACCCUGUAAGAGGGACUGAUGCGUAAUAAUUUGAAGAACCUUUGAAAAAGCUAGAAUGCUAUAACGCUUAUUAAAUUACAAGGGAAGAAAAUUUACGCACAUACAAGCAUAAAUCCACAAUUGCACAAAACAUUCGUCACAUUGUUUCAAACUUGACAUUAAACAGUCCACGACCAUCGAUUUCUUGGAAACAAGUUGACUUAAUUUUGCCUUUGAUUCUUGUGCUCCUCAGCUUAACAUUUGAAGAUAAGUGCUGUUCUUGGAUUUCACAGACAAUUUUGCAUCACCAUUGUUCUUACGCUAUGGUGUGGCUUUUAAUGAUUACACUAGUCCUAGAACAUUAUCACGUAAUGCAGGACCACCUUUAAAACUACUUCUGUGAUUGGGGCUUCUCGUUGAAAUGACGCAUUUAUCAUCAAUUGGUUCGUAACAAUAAUAAAUAAAUAAGUUAAUUAAUUAAUUAAUUAAUUAAUUAAAUAGUGUCUCGUUUUCAAUGUCAUUUUUCUCCAGUUAAACCAGAAUCAAGUCCAGUUACUACAUCAUCCCAAACAACUCCCGCAGGUAAUUGUUUUUCUUUGUUGUACUGAGGAAAUUAGCGAUCGUAUUUCGAUGUUAUGAACUGAAGCAAGUACAACAUUAUAGGCGGUCGGGGGCUACUCUGUUAGACUGUAGACCUCUUGCAAAUUAUAUCACAGGUUUGGUAUCUUAGUUGAGGCAAUCGUUUGCAAAGUUUUAUGCCAGUAACAGCUUCGUGUCAAAAUUUCAAACCUUUUUUUACUCUAUUAAUAUACAUGUAGUUUUUUAAGUUCUUAAUAUCUGGCAUGGGCAGAAUCAGCAGGCUCUAGGUCUCGUCUUUUAUUAGUUUAGUAGAUUUGAUUAAAGAAAAAUAACUUUAAAAAUGCAAAUACAAUCAGGGCAGAUUCAAUUUUAUUCUUCAAUACUUGCUUGCACAGUUUGCUUAAAGGCAAGAGAAGGUAAUCAUUUUCAUGUCCAUAAAGGCUUUUGAUAUUGAGGUUAUCCUUUUUUGUUCCCAGAUGCACCAUCAGCCACCCAGGCAAGCACAGUCAUCAAAUUGGAGUUAGGAGAAGAUAGGUCUAUUGGUUGCCCUGUGGACAUUGGAAACCCCCCAGCUGUUAUCACGUGGUACAAAGGGAAUGAUACCAGCGGCAGAAAAAUGACAAACUGCUUAACUCUUGAGGUUGAGAAUUUUGCUUCAAGUGACGAAGGAUGGUAUACCUGUUUUGCGAAAAAUGAAUUGGGAAAUGCAACCGUCCGGUUUUUACUAGUUGUUGGUAAGUUAAAGUUAAAUUACUGAUAAAUAUAAACCACUAUAGAAUCUGGGGCUGACGUAAGUCAGCAACAUUGUCAGCAAAGUCGUUGGCAAAAUACAAGGCUUAAGCAAAUUCUAGUGGUAUUUAUUUUUUUUAUUGACAUGUUAGAGCUCUCUUUCCUCCGACAUACUAUUUAGCAGAAGGAAACAGAACAAAGGAAUUUUUUAACCCUGUAAGAGGGACUGAUGCGUAUUAAUCUGAAGAACUUUUGAAAAAGCUAGAAUGCAAUAACGCUUAUUAAAUUACAAGGGAAGAAAAUUUACGCACAUACAAGCAUAAAUCCACAAUUGCACAAAACAUUCGUCACAUUGUUUCAAACUUGACAUUAAACAGUCCACGACCAUCGAUUUCUUGGAAACAAGUUGACUUAAUUUUGCCUUUGAUUCUUGUGCUCCUCAGCUUAACAUUUGAAGAUAAGUGCUGUUCUUGGAUUUCACAGACAAUUUUGCAUCACCAUUGUUCUUACGCUAUGGUGUGGCUUUUAAUGAUUACACUAGUCCUAGAACAUUAUCACGUAAUACAGGACCACCUUUAAAACUACUUCUGUGAUUGGGGCUUCUCGUUGAAAUGACGCAUUUAUCAUCAAUUGGUUCGUAACAAUAAUAAAUAAAUAAAUAAAUUAAUUAAUUAAUUAAUUAAAAAAUGUCUCGUUUUCAAUGUCAUUUUUCUCCAGUUAAACCAGCAUCAAGUACAGUUACUAUAUCAUCCCAAACAACUCCCGCAGGUAAUUGUUUUUCUUUGUUGUACUGAGGAAAUCAGCGAUCGUAUUUCGAUGUUAUGAACUGAAGCAAGUACAACAUUAUAGGCGGUCGGGGGCUACUCUGUUAGACUGUAGACCUCUUGCAAAUUAUAUCACAGGUUUGGUAUCUUAGUUGAGGCAAUCGUUUGCAAAAUUUUAUGCCAGUAACAGCUUCGUGUCAAAAUUUCAAACCUUUUUUUACUGUAUUAAUAUACAUGUAGUUUUUUAAGUUCUUAAUAUCUGGCAUGGGCAGAAUCAGCAGGUUCUAGGUCUCGUCUUUUAUUAGUUUAGUAGAUUUGAUUAAAGAAAAAUAACUUUAAAAAUGCAAAUACAAUCAGGGCAGAUUCAAUUUUAUUCUUCAAUACUUGCUUGCACAGUUUGCUUAAAGGCAAGAGAAGGUAAUCAUUUUCAUGUUCAUAAAGGCUUUUGAUAUUGAGGUUCACCUUUUUUGUUCCCAGAUGCACCAUCAGCCACCCAGGCAAGCACAGUCAUCAAAUUGGAGUUAGGAGAAGAUAGGUCUAUUGGUUGCCCUGUGGACAUUGGAAACCCCCCAGCUGUUAUCACGUGGUACAAAGGGAAUGAUACCAGCGGCAGAAAAAUGACUAACUGCUCAACUCUUGAGGUUCAGAAUUUUACUUCAAAUGACGAAGGAUGGUAUACCUGUUUUGCGAAAAAUGAAUUGGGAAAUGCAACCGUCCGGUUUUUACUAGUUGUUGGUAAGUUAAAGUAAAAUUACUGAUAAAUAUAAACCACUAUCGAAUCUGGGGCCGAUGUAAGUCAGCAACAUUGUUAGUAAAGUCGUUGGCAAAAUACAAGGCUUAAGCAAAUUCUAGUAAUAUAUUUUUUUAUUGACAUGUUAGAGUUCUCUUUCCUUCGACAUACUAUUUAGCAGAAGGAAACAGAACAAAGGAAUUUUUUAACCCUGUAAGAGGGACUGAUGCGUAUUAAUCUGAAGAACUUUUGAAAAAGCUAGAAUGCUAUAACGCUUAUUAAAUUACAGGGGAAGAAAAUUUACGCACAUACAAGCAUAAAUCCAUAAUUGCACUAAAAAUUUGUCACAUUGUUUCAAACUUGACAUUAAACAGUCCACGACCAUCGAUUUCUUGGAAACAAGUUGACUUAAUUUUGCCUUUGAUUCUUGUGCUCCUCGGCUUAACAUUUGAAGAUAAGUGCUGUUCUUGGAUUUCACAGACAAUUUUGCAUCACCAUUGUUCUUACGCUAUGGUGUGGCUUUUAAUGAUUACACUAGUCCUAGAACAUUAUCACGUAAUGCAGGACCACCUUUAAAACUGCUUCUGUGAUUGGAGCUUCCCGCUGAAAUGAAGAAUUUAUCAUCAAUUGGUUCGUAACAAUAAUAAAUUAAUUAAUUAAUUAAAAAAUGUCUCGUUUUCAACGUCAUUUUUCUCCAGUUAAACCAGAAUCAAGUACAGUUACUACAUCAUCCCAAACAACUCCCACAGGUAAUUGUUUUUCUUGGUUAUACUCAGAAAAUUGGCGAUCUUAUUUCGAUAUUAUGAACUGAAGCAAGUACAACAUUAUAGGCGGUCGGGGGCUGCUCUGUUAGACUGUAGACCUCUUGCAAAUUAUAACACAGGUUUGGUAUCUUAGUUGAGGCAAUCGUUUGCAAAGUUUUAUGCCAGUAACAGCUUCGUGUCAAAAUUUCAAACCUUUUUUACUUUAUUUUACCUUUCCUCAUUGUCGACUUUGUUUCCUCUCUUUGAUCUCUAGUUUGAGGGGAAAUAGUUCAUAAAACACGUUACGUUGUUUGUUUGCCUUUUCCCUUCACGGGAAUCCAAGAAAACCCUAAUUACCAAGGUAGGAAGUAUUCGCUUUAUUUGCAUCAGAAACUUAUUUAAAAUUUGGUUUGAUGGAGACUUUUCGUUUUCUGAUAUUCGAUGUCUUCAAAUAAAAAUCGAUCAAUCUAUUUUUUAUAUUCAGAAUUUUGUAUCGGGGUAUCGUACUUUAGCAUCUGUUCAGGAUUUAGUCGCACUCCCACUUGAGCAUGUGAAAAGUUUCCAAAUCAAAUCUUACAAUAUGAAAAUAAAUGUGAAUUGUUUUUAUCUUAAUGAAUCCUCAUAUUACAGAAUACACGUGAAAUGCCUCGUAUUAAAAAUUAUAAGUGAAAGGGCAAGUCUUCUCUCGAGCCUAUUAACACACUCUGUCGGAACGACUUUUUCACCGGGAUUAUUUGAAAACUUUUUAUAUGUCCACAGCUUAAACCAUUUCUAAGUUGUAGCACUGCAUAAAGGGCAUUUAUUCUUUUAGGAAUUCUAAUAGAAUACGGCUAUUCGUAAGUUUCAGAAGGUUCAGAAGUUUUCCUGACAGCAACAGUACAGGAGAGCUGUGAUAGACGUUUAGAAGUUGCUGCAGAAUUCCCAGAUGUGGUGCGAUAAUCUGCUUGAUCAAUAUCAUCAUAUUUAUGGGAUACUAAUUAACAAUUAAUCUUGUUGACCACUGACCAUUGCUUGUUAACCUCUUUGUUCGUUAAAUGAAGACAUUAUUUUACUUGCAAUAUACUUCAGCAAUACAACAAGAAUUGUUGUAGGAGUUGUAAUAGCAUCGGAGCGUGGAAUCCGAAGAUCUGAGGUUCGAUUCCUCAUGGGAACUCAAAAUUUUUUCCUUUGUCCCACGCUCCUGACUGACUAGACGAAAAAACAUCUUUCUUUAAGAAUUGAAAUAUACGAUUUUUUGUCGCAUACAUAGAUUAAUAUUUUCACUUGUCCAUCUAGGCUUGUGAAAUUGUCUUGAAGUUUGGCUGCUUAUCCGCUAACACUGUGAACACCAGGUAAAGUACAGCUUUUUUCUCAAAUCAAACCAGCUUGCGCAAAUUUUUGUUCAAGGGGGAUCUUUAGCUCAAAUAGGCGAAUUUCUGCAUUAAACCUGUUUUCCUGCUCAAGUAAGUCUUAGUUAAUACUUACCAAUCGACAUUUGACGAACGAACCAUUUUCUUGAUUUCGACAUCGAUCGACUUUAAAUGAAUUUUAAUUCAGCCUGGCUUAAUGCACGUUCAUACCUAUGGCCUAUGUGGCUUAUGUCACUGAAGUACAAAUUAUUUUAAAUAGCUUUUGACUUUCUGGUCCUUUGAUGUACACUUUUCUAUCUAGGUGUGGCAGUGUUGUUCUAGACUUCAUGAUGAGGUUCGAUCAGAGUGUAGUAGUCAGCCAUGUUGUGACUUCUCUGUUGGAUGCUGCAAGGGAAGACAGAUUCGGUGAUUUUAAAGUCGAUCCAGACUCAAUAAAACAAGUUUUGACAUCCACAGAUGGAUUUGGAAUUGCAGCCAAAGGUACAUGUUACAAAGAAACUGUUUCAGACCAUAUUAGAAAAGAAGGGGUAACACCCUGUUUUGCCUUUGUAUCUAGACAGUCACAGGGCGCAUUCUUUCGUUUACAAGCCUGAGCCAAGUCAUUAGAGCAGAAUUUUUCGCCAGGAUUAAAGUAAAACCUUGCUCGAUUAUAACCUCCUUAAACCUCACGAAACCAAUCAAUUUAGGUCCUGAAGAGUGCAAGUCCUCAAGUAACGUCAUGUUAGCAGCGUUUAUUGGUAUUCCUGCCUUCAUAAUUCUUCUUCUGAUAAUUUACAUAAUCUGGCUACACAGGAGAGGUGAGUAACAAUUUCAUUACUUACAUUAGAGCGGUGGGGCAGGAUCCGUCAUGAAGCAAGACAAACUUUUUUUACCUCCACCCAAAGAAUUCUAAUUUUUUUCUUUUUCCUCCUCCUUAGGCGCUGAAGAGAAAAAACGGUAAGAAUUUGCUCUUACGCGGAAUGGUUUGAGAUUACUCUUCAGAUAUAAUAUCAUUCUAAAAUAAAAUGAAAAAACUGACAAAGGUCCUUUCAUAAAUAUCUGCAUAUUAGCGCUGUAAUAGCUGCCGUGAACUUUAAGCUCUUGCGAAUUUUCUACUUCGUCCUUAUUUUUAAACAGCUUUUCGUAACGUGACCAUUUAUACAAGGACUUACGAGUGUUUUAAGAUCCUACUAACCUCUACUUUCUUCUCGGUACUAAGAUCCAAGGAAUAAACCAUGGUUAUAAUUUCACACUGUUGUCUACUAUUACUCGAGAAACAAAGAAUGGAAAUAUUGUUUUCUCGCUUCUUUACCUACCUUUUGGGGUAGAUAUAAACUUCUUAUUAACCUAGCGUGAGGGAAUAUUGGAGAUUAUUGGCCCGAGGUCGUAGCAUUACGUACUUACAAAAACAAGGGCCAAUAUUCUUCAGUACAGCUCGAGCGCGUGAGGUAAGUAAAAAAGAAUAAUACAUGGCGCGCGUAGAUAUGGAAUUUCUCUUCGAGUUGAACACCAGAAGAGAAAUUUCAUAUCUAAAAGUAACCAUGUAUUAUUUUGUUUGUGAUAUAAAAAAAAUUAAAUUUUAAAUUUUAUCAAUGAAUGAAGAUAAAGGGAUCGACAAUCCCAAAUAGAAAUCGCACAGUGCGUUGGCGCUAAGGCUCAGGAUGAACAAAAUGCACUGAAAUAAUACAAAACCAAACAAUGGGCGUAAUUUUCAAAAUACAAAACUCUCAGCUGUUGACUUAAAAAAAUACGAUAUUUUUUCACGUGUGUUGUUACGGCUUUGCUCAUGGCUGGAAAUCGUUCUUGGACACCGUAGUUUAUACUAUAAAGUAGUUUAUGAGUUUAAAAUACGAUAUUUUUCAUGAUGUUUAAUAUCGCCAAUCAGCUGCUGACACAUCACUCGUCUUUCGCGCCAUUCGGUCGGGUUGAUGAAUGAACGGCGAAGCCUUCACAAUUUUCAAUCUUAAGUCGUUUGUCGGAAUCUUUUCGGAUUAUUGCUGUUAAAAAAACUGUAAAAACCGUAUCGCUUACAGACAGUGACGUUUAAACUUUCCUAGAAGGGAAAGAGAACCAAAAUAGGAAAAAAAACCCGAAAUUUACGUAUUCAGUGGCUUUGGUGAUGGCAUUUCCCGCGCCUGAGAACGAAACUCGGAAGAUUUGCCACAGGCCGAUUUUGGCCGCGUACCUGAAAAAUUUAUUCAAUAACUGAGAAUCUUUUACAUUAAAAAUUAAGCCUAUUGUUUAUUUUUGUAGUGAUUUCAUCUUCAUGUUUUCAUCUUGAGUGUGCCAACGCACUCUACGAUUUUUAUUCCAGGAUUGUCGAUCCUUUUAUUUUCAUUCAUUAAUAAAGUCUUGACAGUAAAGGGCUAUUUUAUAAGUUCUUUAUUCACUAUUAUUAGUAUUACUAUUAGUAUUAGUAUUUAUUAUUGUUAUGAUUUUAUUUUCCUUUAUAGUAGGACUUAUGAAGAAGAAAGAAGUGUUUACGACGUAAGUUACAGUUAAGACAUUAAAGUUGCAUUGGUGCGAGGAAAAAGUGCGUAGAUCUUACUUUUAUAUGUGCUGCAUUCACGAAACAUUCGCAAUCUUUGAAAGAAGAGAAAAAGGAUUUUACUGCAUUUAAAAUAGGUGACAUAUGCACUUUGUCGUGGAACCAGGUCAAGCCACUCGCUGGAUUUGUUCUCGGUUGUUCCAAGUUUAACGCAUUGAUUUAUCCAAAGGUCUGCUUUCGGUUGAGAUUUGUUUUUCAAAUAAUUCUUCAUAUAAUUCCAGAAAUCUCGAUCAAUCUGUUGAACAUGAUCCUUUUCAAAAGCAACAUGCUUUUUAUUAAUUUUAGUUUUAACAAAGAAAGAAUAUAAACAUAAGUCUGAUGAAAAUGCGUAAACUGUUUUCGCUUAGUAUGGCCUGUUGAGAUUUAUUAGGGACUUCAACCAUUUAUCAAGCAGUUGAACGGGUACAUUGAUUUAAUAGAAUGAGGUGACACUACAAAAUAUCGAACCAAGUCAGUGCCAUCCAAGCGCAGUCAUGCAGCCUUCUUCGGGGUACAUGGAUCUCAAAGAACCCAGGAAAGAUAAUAGAAAAGCACAGAGUACAAGUCCAGGUUACGAGCCUCCUCGUCCAGCAAAACGCUCCUGGGAAGUUCCAAGACAUCACGUUACCAUCGAAAAAGUCAUUUGUAAAAGUGCUUUUGGUCAGGUGGCCAAGGGAACGGCAUUAGGACUUCAAGGGAGGUCUGAUACGACUACAGUGGCUAUUAAGAUGCUUAGAUGUGAGUCAUGUACUGAUUUCAGAACAUUUCUUACCAAUUUUUUUUGUGUGUUUUUUGCUUUGCAUAUCAUUAACAUUUGCUUUUAACUCUCCAGCUAACGCCGCUGAAUCGUACAAGAGGGAAUUGAUGAAAGAACUUGAAACGAUGAAGAAGCUUGAAAAACAUCCUCACAUCAUCAAACUUUUGGGAUGUGUUACGGAAUCUGGUAUGUUUUGGUUGCGUACGUUUUUAAUGUCAAACGCAUUUUCCUUGUAAAUUUAUAAAAAAAAGGGCUCUCUCGUCAAUAACAAUUCGCUUCAGUUGUUAGGAAAAGGCUUUUUCUUUGUUUUCAGAGGAACUACUGGUACUGAUUGAAUAUGUUCCUUUUGGAGAUCUGCUUGGUUACCUGAGAAAGAGCCGUGGACUAAAUGACACUUACUACAAAGACCCGUAUAUCAAACCACGAACAAAUCUGACGUCACAGCAGUUGAUGAAGUUUGCCUGGCAAAUCACUGAUGGCAUGAGUUACCUGUCCUCAAAAUCUGUAAGUUAAUUAACAAAGACAAAGACGUAAUUUGAUUCUAAAAAUUCCUUGUCGGGCGUACCGUUAUGGCAAGUUUUUCUUUCAUACAUAUUAUUUCAUAUCUUGCAAAUAUAUUCUUACCGUUUAGUCAAGGGCCUUUCUGCAGGGUGCACCCUCCUAUUUUCAACGGCAUCGCUCAUGCUUUUUUGUUAUUAGAAUCAUUUGUUUUCUAUUUGCGGUUGUCAAUCGUCGUGCAGCCUCGCAGAUGUACUUCACCCUCGACUUAUUGUGGUCUCAUUGACUCCUAUAAAGUUUUCAAUUGUCAACAGUUUACUGAUUAUCGAAAGAAAAUUUUCUCCUUUUCUCUCGGAAAUUGUAACAGUAUUAAUGCAUUUUAAUUUAUUAUCAUUUGGGCUUAUAAGAAAUACGCUCGCUAUUGAUUUCGCUAGAUAUGCUAUUUUCAGAUCUGAACUUUUUUUUCAGUUCCUCUUUUAAUUACUGAUUCUCGCUUCUUUCACAAUCCAUUCCUUUAGAUCAUCCACCGAAACCUUGCAGCCUGUAAUGUGUUGGUUGGACAAAACGAAACGUGUAAAGUGACAGACUUUGGAAUGGCCAGAGAGGUGCAACAGGAAAAUAUUUAUGAACGAAAAACAAAGGUAAUACAAAAAUUGGGAAAGGAGAGGGGGGGGGGUUACUCAGUUACAUGACAUUUAGUAUAAUCACGUACACGAUAAUUUUGGUGGUAGAGGUGACAUGUUCAUGGUUUCGAUCAUGAAAUCUGCGGAUUGGGACUGAUAAAGAAAUAAUGGAUACUUAUAGAGUACUAUUUCAUCCAUAACUGUCGUUGAUUUCGCGAUUACUAUUAUUUUUGUUCUGUUUCACAAAUCUACAGGGCCGUCUUCCAGUGAAGUGGACAGCUUAUGAGGCGUUGCUGUAUGGUACCUAUACCACCAAAAGUGACGUGUAAGUAUACCUGAUCAUAAUUCUUAAUUACUAAACAAGUGGUUCAUGCUUAGUGUGCGUACACAGAGGUAUAGAUUAAUAUGGAUAUUUGUGGGAAGUUUGGAGAGCACAAGAGAAGCGUAAGAGUUCCUUUAAGAGCAGCCGACAGCAAUUCUUACUUCUUGAGUGCUUCCCAGACUUUCCAAGUGCGUCCACAACUCAAUAUACGCACAGUUAUAGGCAUUAACCAAUUGCUGUACGACGUAGCAAACACAAUUUGUCCAAGUUAUAAUAAUCGUGUGCUAACCGAAAACUAUAAAUAAAAAGUAAGGUAAAAAUGACUAGAAGUAUUUCGAGUUCAAAACUUUACUCAAAGAAGUGCUAAAUAUGUUGUUUAGGAGCGAAGAAUGUGUUAAUUUCUUGCACUUACCAGACCCACAAAGUGUUAAGAAUUCUAUCGAGGAUUCUAACGAAAUGCUAUCGAAAAUACUAAUUUCCGAUCCGAAGAAGGGUCCAAAACUCGCAAGGCUUCAUUUGAAGUCAGCAAGUUCAGUUUCCUUUUUCCAGCCAUUAUUCGUAUCGUGUCUGGGAAUCGAAGUAUCGUCAACUCUAAAGCUGAUUUCGUCGCCUUUAGAGUUAGAUGUCCAUUCAGUUUCCAAAUCUAGUGAUAUUUGGCAUACUUACUUUUCACUUUGUGCCUCAAAUUCAAUCUUAAAAACGAUUGAAAUCCAUAUUGAUGACUCAAUAGCUAGGAAUAAGAUGAAAGAAGCGCGCGCUAACUUAUAAAGAAUCUCAUCAGACUGAUGGGAUUCUGCUCUGAAUGACUUGGUUGGGUAAAAUGUUAUCAUGCGCCCAUGUUUAUUCAGAUAGUUCUGCGUUGAAAAUGUAAUUCAAUAUCACAGAGCGUUUGGAGAAGAAUAAAGUCGUACCAGCGAACACUGAAAAAUAACAUCCCGCUCAUUAAAUGUUAAGCUGAUCGAGGACAUUUUGUCCCGCGCGCUGCAAAAUAUUUUAAGGAUAGUAAAUACAGCUCAAAAAUGUUCUUUUCUCGGAACAGAUGAUGUCCGCGGGAGAAUAUCUGAGCAUAACUUCGUGCUAAAUAGAGGCUACGGCACAUAUGUCAUAAGGUUGGAAGAAAUGAACGAGAAGGUGCCCAUUAGUUGAAACCCUCAAAGCAUGUUUAAAACAGUAUAUUUAUAGGUAAAAACAUUAUUUCGAGUGAAAUUUAGUGUUAAUAAGCACGAGUAAAUCUCACUCGUGUUUGAAAAGACAACCAAAUGACGUGAGCCCGUAGGGCGAGAGCAACUUGCAGUCUUUAAAAAAAAUUACGCCAAAUUGCACGAGAAAUCAUGUUGUUCCUUAUUAAUAAUUUAAAUGAAAAAGGCAUCACAGAAAGUCAAGACAGACAAAAUUUUGACGGCGCGCACUUUAUCAGAUGCGCACCCUAAAGGCCUUCUAACCAUGGCCUUGGGAAUACGUCAUACAUUUCUAUAUUCUGUAAGGAUGGGCGUACAUCGGUGGAUUGAUGGAAUAACUUCCCUCAGGCUUGGUUAAACUCACGAUUUAGCCCUCUCUCGUUUGUAACGGAACUGCCUGGAAGAAGGUAGCUAAAAAUUGAUAUGAAAGGUUGAAGGAAAAGUCACUUAAAAGACGUGAUUCCUGCUAAGAAACGAAGAACGCAUCGGUGGAAUGAGACAUUUGAACAGUUAUCUUCUUUCUAUGGGGAGCCAUUUAUGCCAAAAAAAUCAAUCGCUGGUGAUAAAACUCGAUCGUUAGUGCUAAAGUAUCAAUCGCUGGUGAUAAAAAUCGAUCCUUAGUGCUAAAAUUUUAAUUGCUGGUGAUAAAACUCAAUCGUUAGUGCUAAAGUAUCAACCGCCAGUGAUAAAACCCAAUCGCUAGUGCUAAAAUAUCAAUCGCUGGUGAUAAAACUCAAUCGUUAGUUGAGCAAAGUUGUACUAAAACAACUUUGCGUUACAUUGUAUUCGGCUGAUAUGAAAGGCUGAAGGAAAAGUCAGUUAAAAGAAGUGAUUCCUGCUAAGAAACGAAGAACGCAUUGGUGGAAUGAGACAUUCACCCCACUAGUUGAAAAGUUAUCUUCUUUCUAUGGGAAGCCAUUCGUGCCAAAAAAAAUCAAUCGCUAGUGAUAUAACUCAAUCGUUGGCGCUAAAAUGUCAAUCGGUAGUGAUAAAACUCAAUCGUUAGUUGAGCAAAGUUGUACUGUAUGAUUCCUAGUUGUGUAUGAUUCCUAGAAAGAAAAGAUUCUUGCGAAGAGACUCCUUUAGAAAUCAUUAAAGGAAUGCUUUUACAAUCCAGAAAGUCUUGUAAAGGAUUUGAACGAAACAAUGUAUGUCUUUAAUACGAAAAGAAGUAGUUCUGACUUUCUGUUUAAAAUGUGAACAAUGAAUAGCUGUAUUAAAAUGUUUUAUAUUUUUUUUAAAAAUGAGACGAUAAUAAACGAAAAAGAAUUCUGUUGUUGAGUGUAAACUGACGCCUUUUAUUUUAUGCUCCCUCAGAAACAAGCCUGAUUUCCUCGUACGAAUAAAAUUACACAAUACUCAAACACACAACAUACGCGAAGGUCUUAAAAGAAUAAAAACGUAGUAUCGUAGUUUUUUCCAUAAGGUCUGUAUCUCAUUUCUUCCUUCUCUCUUCCUUCAUCAAGUCUGGAUGGCGAGUGGACUCUGAAACUGGCUGUAAGGAGACCUCCAUUUGUCUAUAUAUGGGCAGCGACCCCAAAAAUGGACAAUUUCUUUUUCUCAUUCGCAGUGACAAAUUGUGCCAUACAUUGCUGAAAGUUCACAUCCCUGCCCUUUAUUUUGGUAUGUGUUAGCAAUGUUAUUGCUUAAACCACGUGGAAAAAAGAAAACUAUUAAUGAUGAAGUGAAGUGAAGUCUCUAAUAGACCAUGAGAUAAAAGACAUAUCCUAUGUUACAUAAACGAGAAACUUUGUAAUGAUAAUUACAAUAAUAUACUUUGGCCAAAAUUAAAUUAUGUAAUUAUAACAGGUUGUGUUCAAAAAUUAGUCUGUUCACAAAUGUGUUCAUGAAACGUUGUGUUAAUCUUUGGGCGGAGGAAAACCUUGCGACGUAAAUUAUAUUGCUGGGGUUUAGGCUUCGGCAGAAUUUCAUUUAACGGAUGAUGGCUUAGGGCCCUAGCUCCAAUGAAUAAUUUCUUAUCCUGCAUUUGCAUGAUAUCCUUGACAUUCAAUGGAACUGAAAUAUAACGCCGCUUGUAACAUCUGUUUAAAAAGUUCUGUUCUGUGUUUAGAUCGCGUUCUUACGCACCAUACACUGAAAGGCCAUAAGUUAAAUUAGGUGGUACAAUUGUCUUAAAAAGGAGAUUUAUUUAAUUCUGGUCAUAUUGAUCCUUUCUCAGAGUUCUUAAUAUAUGGAGGCACUCGUUAGCCUUGAUUAGUUUGACCUUAACAUGAUAACUAAACCUGAAGUGUGACUUCGAGUAAGCACAAUUCAUGAUGUCGUGGAAUACAAUUAACUGGAUUAUAGGUGUCCUUGUUCGAUUUCUUUCUAAUUACAAGCUCUUUGCAUUGACUAGGAUUACAUGACAUACUCUCGCGACCAAUUUAAAAACUCAUUCACUAAGGUUACAGAGGUAUCAGUUUUGCCUAGUACUGGUGCAACAAUUGUUGAAUCAUCAGCAUAUUUGAAUAACGCAGGGAAGCCAUCAUAUGUAAUUUCAAGAUCGUUAAGAAAAAUAUUAAAGAGAUGGGGCCACUAACACUACCUUGUGUAGUACCCUUAUUGACGGCUUUCCGCCUACAGUGAUAGUUACCAGACAAAAAAUGCGUUGCUGCCUACCGGAUAAAAAACUGUGAUACCAUUUAACAAGAUAUGGAGAUACAUGUUCAAGUGUAGUCACAUACCUCGAGUUCGCCUGACAGUUUGUUAUUUUGAGUUCAUCACGCGGUAUUAAAGAGGCGUUAGAGGGAUUAUAGUACAACGCCUCAGUUUUGACUUACGUUCCACGAGAGCAUUCACUUUCUCGCACCAUGGUAAGAUUCACCAUGCAAGUAUCCCUUUUCCUAGGGACAGUUUCCGUUUCGCGUGGGGGGAUAACCAUCUUAUAAUUGCCUUUAGUUGCCCCUAUCAGAGUUUACCCGGCGAUGUAGCUUGGAAAGGAGAUUCAAUCAGUCUCUUUGGAGUACUUAUUGUACGGCGAUGAAUUGUUAACUUGUGUCAAAAUUGAAUUUUUAAACUAAAACUCGAAACGUAAAUCGAGCUGAGCGCUUUUGAGCGCUUUGAAAGCAGUCGGUGGGUGUUUCGGAAAACCGUUUCAAGCAUCCGUAAAUCUACAUCAUUACAUCAUUACAAAGAGAAUUGAUUUGCAUAUCUUAAAGACGUUCGUUAUAUCGAGGGAUGGUUAAUUUUUUUUGUGGUGUGACAUCGUACUACCCAGAAUUUUGGAAUUGGAACGAUCACUGUAAAUAACAUCUGUGCUUUAAUUUCUUUAUGAAGCUACAGUGCGCUGUAUAGGUCUGUACAUAGCUACAGCACCUUCUUUUUUUAACCUUUUAACUCCCAGAAGUGAUCAGCAUGUGACUUCUCCCCAUAAUACCCAUACUUUAACCUGAACACAGGUAAUAAGAAUACUCAAACCAAUCAUCUUGAUCCAACACAAAUUCUCGUAAGUAACUGACAAGGAGAUGUAUUGCGGCUAGAGGGGAGAAUCACUUGAACAAUCAGAUCUUGAGACUGAAAGGGUUAAAACACGGAGGACAAUUGUCGACAGUGUCAGUUUCAGCAUUUAUAAUGAGCUGUUAACUGUGAAGUUGUUCUAGUGUUAUAGAAUUGAAGGAUUUUGAUUCUUGUUGGUCUUGCUUUUGUCAAUUGUUGACAUAGCCUCGUUAUAUCGGGGUAUAUUAUACGUCUGGACUUCUCGAUAGUGUUCGUUAUAACGAGGAUUCCAUCAUAUCGAGGCUCGUUGUAUCGAGGUUCUUUCUCAUAAAUUUACAUUUUACUGUAACUUUGGCCGGGCUGAAGAGUAUCGUUCGUUAUAUCCUGGACUUCGUUAUAUAGAGGUUCGUUAAAUCGAGGUUCCACUGUAAUUGUGACCAACUGUAAAGGAACUAUUGUGGAAGGCGAAGCUGAUUACCCGUCAGGAUCUUAAAAGUAUUUGGAAUGAAGCUUGGAGCGUUCAUGUUUCUUCUUGGAAGUAAGCACUUUUCGAUUUGACGUUAGACUUAGACGUUUAUUUAAACAAACUAAUUUGUAGUUCGAGAGUAUGGCAUGAUGAUCGAUGAGGGCGAAGCCAGAACCUGAUAUCGUGUGAUAAAUGUUAAUAGCGAAAAAUCGAACUGUUCUGGUUUAAAAUCUACCACACGUUCAAUUUUAUUAGCAAGAUAGGCUCAAGUUGAAAUUAAAUAAUGAUCCAAACUGCAGUUCCGACGAUCAGAUAAUUGACACUUGCACCUCAGCGCUUUUACCCCAGUGUACUCCUUUGCGUUUUAUUCAAAGAUGUUCGAAAUCUUCACUCGCGCGAACCUGAAACGAAAAGUCUUCUGCUAAUAGAUAUUUUACAAGAGGCUGAUACCUCGAUUUACUUAAUUUGUCUUUCUCAUACAUAGCUUCCGCUAAUUUUUGUUCUUAAAUUCCUUAUUUCUUAAAGCUCGGAAAAUCUCGUAAAUGAUUAUGCAAGGCAGAGAAAACAAGUUUCGUACGACGUCAGCCAUGCGUCUAAACUCUUUGGGAUCGUUGGUGACUGAUCAUGAAAAUUUUUUCCACACGGAGGCUAUUUUCACAUCAACUGACUAUUCUUUAUUAUGAUUUUUUUUACGCGUUCUGAUUUGGCUGAAACGUCGUGCUUUAUCCCGGCAGAGUGCAGAUGCACGGAGUAACUUUGUCACGCCAUCAACCAAUUUGUGCAAUGACGGAAUAUUUCCCGGACUUUUCUCUUUUCUUUUUUUUUCUUUUUUCUAUUGACCCACAAGUCUUGCAUGACCUAGAACGCGAAUAUGACAACGAGUUCCUGGCUUCAAUUGAUACAGAACAACCUGUAAGUAACAGAACAAAUUACUUGGAUAGAAAGUGAAAUUUCGGAACCAAGGUAAUAAUAAAAACACAGAGUGAGUUAGUAUCAAGAAGCUAGAGUUGCUCUUGGCUAUGCCUCGAGCAACUCUUACGCAUCUUUCGUGCUCUCCAAACUUCCCGCGUACUUCAUAUCUCGAUGAACGCACGCUGACGUAUGAACAAUUGUUAAUUAAUAGUUUUUUGUUCAAAAACAAAUCAAACAGGAAUGAUGAAAAACCUGCUGACUUACUGAACUGUUUUAGUUUGUAAACUAUUUCAGCGUGUGAACUAUUUCAGUUUGUGAACUAUUUCAGUUUGUGAGCUAUUUCAGUUUGUGAUCUCUGAUGGUUCUACAUUUUGACUGCUUUAGUCUUAUCCAAUUAAAUUAUUAAAACAAUCUAACAAAGGUUCGAAUGGUCUAUUUUGGCGAGCUUUAUGAGAGUACAGCAGUAUGCUCAUGCCACCUCUGUUCGUUUGGAAACUAAAGUUUGUUUUGAAAAUUUUUACGAAUGCGUGGCGAAUUUAUUGUUUUCUUCAUCACAAAACUAAUAAAAAAUUGAAGCCUCUUUUCACAACAGAGGAUAAUUCUAACACCUCUAACAAAGAUACUUUCGAAACACUCCAGAUUCGAAAGUCUAAAUGGACUCCCUAGAGGGCCAAUUCGCAUCUUUAGGUUUUUUCAUCAAAAAGUGUCGCUACGAUAUUAACAAACUUAAAUUCAAUUGUGACACCAGAUUUUCCAACCUUUCUUCGAAAGAAUGGUCGGCACUAAAAAGUCUACAAAAACGCAGACAUAGUUAUUAAAGCGGCCGGCAAGUGAGGUGCAGUCGAUGUUUAACGAUGUUUAUGUAAAAGUUGACAAAGAUCUCACUUUCAUCAACCAAAACAUGGUCAAAAACACGAUUAACGAUCUCAUAGCUAAACUAUAAUUGCCGGCCACUGCAAAAACUCUCACCAUCACCGCUCCUAGAACUUUGUGUAUUUACUUUUUACCUAAAAUCCACAAACCUAACAACCCAUCGUCUCUGCCUGCAGUCGUCCCACCGAACUCAUUUCCAGCUAUUUAGACAAAAUUAUAGCACCUAUUGUCAAAACUUUAUCAUAAUACACGAAGGACAGCCCACACGUAUUAGCAUUUUUUGUGACUUUAAUUUCCUUGGCCAAAACAAACUUAUGGAUGCUCAUUCCCAAUGACAAUGAAGGUCUCUGGGCCCUCAAACAUUUUUCGAUUAAUGCACUGUUGAGGAACCUAGCUCUGAAACACUGCUCCGUCUGGCCAAACUAGUACUCAUAUUCAAUUGCUUUUCAUUCAGUGACAACCACUACAAUAAAACUAAUGGCGUAGCCAUGGGUACUAAAUUGGGACCCAGCUAUGCCAAUCUUUUCGCAGGUUUUAUCGAACACCAAUUUUUUUAAGUCAAUACCACGGCCCCAAACCUCAACCCUACGGCCGCUACAUUGACGACUGCAUCGGCGCCACCGCCUCUACCAAAGAGGAGCUCACUCAAUUUAUAACCGCCGUCAAUUCCUUUCCUAUUUCCUAAAUAUACCUAGGAAAUUUACGGCACUUCUUUGGCUUUUCUAGACAUAAAAAUUUCAAUUUUAGGCAACGAUACAUGCACUACAGAUUCACAUAAUUACUUGUUAUAUUCAUCUUAACAUCCAUCACACGAAAAGAAGUUCAUACCUUUUUCACAGUUUAAUCAGACUUCGUCGUUUAUGUAGUGACGACUCUGAUUCUUCCGGAAAAUCAGAGGCAAUCUACCAGUUUUUCGAUGAACGUGGCUAACCUGUUUCUUUCGUUCAAGCGGGCCACCACCGCACCCAACAAAUUGAUCGACAGUCAGCACUACAAACGGCUCAGAAGGAAAAUACUGAUCGCAUUCCUCUCACAUUUCACCCUCAGAACCACGCAAUUAAAUCUAUCAUUCUUAAAUCUAUCCUUCCGUCAAUAACUUUAACAUUGUGAUUCUAAAUUAAGCAUGUGCCUUUCUUAACAUUACGCUAAUGCUCAUGCUUAUGUUUCUGCUUCUGUUAAAAUUAUUGUACAGUUGAUUGACAUCGUUCUUUGGCUGAGAGAUGAUCAAUGGGAUAAAGACAAAAUGUGUUUUUGCGUUUAUUUUUCUUAUUCCAUGUCAGGUUUACUGAUACAGUCCAGUCCAGUACGUGGAAUAAUUAUAAUUUUAAUCGAUUGAAGGACCAAGUUUGUAUGGUAAAACUUGGCCAUCUAUUCAGCUUUAAUAUGAGUGCCCCCUGUCACAUAGAAGUUUCUGGAGAAAGCACAUUAAUUCUUGGCUGAUGAUGUCGAGUAUUCAUGCACAUAACAGAUCUUCCAAAAGUUAAUUUAGAAAUAAGUUUUCGUGGUUUUUCUUUCAGGUAUUAUGGUGCUUCUUCCGAAAGCGGCAAGUGUUACUGGUAAGUGUUGUAGUGCAACAACUCACACGAUUCUCGUCUUUGGCUUAAGUCAAAAUUACGAGCACUUUUUAUUGCCACUUUUACUGGGCAUGUAAAAAAGGGCCAAUCAGAAUACGAGAAAGUCGUUACAAAAUUUGACAGAAAUGAAGUUAACCUUUCCAUCACGGACGAUGGGAAGCCUACAAAUUUGGGCAUGCUAAAGACGCUGGAGUAGUUCGUCGACCAGCAGGUAAGAAGGUGAUACUCCUACAUCGUAUAUAAUUUAGAAUACACAAACUUUCUUUCGUUCUCUCAGUUUUUCAUUUUUCCUACCUCAUGAUGCUAGCAGAGCGAAUUCAAGUAAACCAAACUUGUAUUGCACCUUUUCUCAUAGGGUAUUUCCAAUGUUGUUCUUUUCAUAUUUUCGUAUAUUCCAUCGAACGACCUGGUCAAAUGCAAUUACAAUUACAAGGCCGAUGUUGACUGUUGGCUCCCCCACUGAUUAAAACAUUUCUUUAGACGAACGCUCACCAUGUAUGCCUAGCUAAAUUUUAUCUUUAUUCCCACAGUUCGUUUGGUGAGCCCCACCAAUUUACCGUCAUCUGGUCGUGUUGAAGUGUUUUAUAAUGGUACAUGGGGAACCAUUUGUGAUUACCGAUGGAACUUACGGAACGCUGAAGUAGUUUGUCGCCAGCUUGGAUACCAUGGAGCUUCAUCAGCACCUAGAGCUGCAGCGUUUGGACAAGGAACUGGUCAGAUAUGGCUGAAUGACGUCAGAUGUGUUGGAAACGAGAAAUCCAUAGCACAGUGCAGUCACAGAGGAUGGGGAGUUGAGAACUGUGGGCAUAGUGAAGACGCUGGUGUUGUAUGCCGACCCAAAGGUAGAGUAAAGAUACGAGCACUUUUUAUUACCAUCUUUAGCAAGCAUAAAUAGACUAAUCAGAAUUAGAAAAAGCUGUUGCAUAUUCGACAGUAAUUCAAUUAAAUUAUCCAUCUCGCGAUGUUAUUCCCACCAACAGAUAGCAAGUGGUGCCAUUCCCUGAUUCUUUAAAUCGUUUUACUUCAACCUUUGAUAUGAGCUGAGAUGGAAUACACUAAGAAACUCAGUAAAAGACAUUUAUAUUAAGUUUAAGCGCAUAUGGCUUGGAAUGUGUUCAUCACUGGGGUCAGUAAUGAGCUAUGGUAAAGUGUCUAAAGGGGGUAAGUUUCUAAAGAAACUGUGGUGCUGCGUCGGUGGGAGAGUAUAACAGGUGAUUUAGUGUAAACAACUGAGUUGAAAACGAUGGCCUUGUUUAUUUUCGAAAGAAAUAAUCGGAGGAUUAAUUUCGACGUAGGCGAGGAUUAUUGCGUGCUAACAGUCCGGUGAUUCUCUACCACAUGACUUAGAAUAGCCAAUAAAAUCGCGCAAAAAUUAAUGGGUGGAUUAUGACCCUCAGAUCUCUGCUGUGCUCUGACAAACACUUAACGCUCAACGUGUCAAUCGUUCAAAAUGCCAAAACUUGCUAUGGCGGCCUACUUUUGUUGAAAGUCGUUGAUGUAUAGUCCUAUGCAAGGAAUGGCGAUGAGAUAUUGAAGUCAUUUCUCCAUAGACAAAGAGCGAACUAUAUUCCCAACUUUUAAAUGGCUGUCUCGUUAAGACUGAUCCUCGAUUUUGCGGGAUAAAAGGCAUACUGUCGUUUCGUGGUAGAAAGUUGCUAAACAAUUUCAUGUUAAGGUAUAACUUCAUAUGAAACAAAAUCGCCAGGGAGGGUCUGCAGAUAGAGCUGAUCAGAAAAGAUUCUACAGAUUCACAGAGGUGGUGACGCAUCUUUGUGCCUCCUAUAUCAAGAUUAUCCCAUCUAUAGACUGUAUGUACAGUUAGGUUUAUGUUUUUUCUUCUCCACCACCUCGAUUUUCUCGAUCAUUUCUCACAGAUAUGUAGCCAGAGAUUCUUAUUCAAUGAUCUAAGAUGUAAUUGUCUGUAAUGAAUCGCUCUGAUGCCAAGUAGAAGUUACAUAGUACAUAGCACCGAUGCUACUUCGGCUAAGAAGAUAGUUUAACAGGCCAUUAAGGCGUUUAUUUAAGAAAGACAGGUCCUUGUCCUCUUGUGUCGAGUAAUCUGCAUUUUAUGAAUGAUGUGGAACCAUUUAAGAUGAAAGUAGUGGUUACACUAGUUCAAUAAAGACAGGGAGGAAAAUUCAAUUGAAGUCGUCCAUACCCUGAAAGUCUUUAAAUUCGCUCGGUUUGACUUUUUCGCAUUUACGAUGAUCUACAAGGGAACAGAACAUUUGCAAGGAUGAUUUAGAGCCAGGAUUUAGUGAGACAACUCUAACUCGAACUUGUUCGUUGAAUUGGCGAAGUAUGGCAGCCUCGAGUGAAGAAAGCGUUAUCCUUUUGUAAAUAUAUGAUGGUUGCUUCAGCCCUGCACUUCGAGUCGGUUUCCUUGUAUCGCUUAACAACAGUAAAAUUAAAAGGACGCAAAAAUUCAGGAAAAGAUAAACAGGAAAAAUCGGAGUCGAAGUAUAAAUAUCGACUGUCGUCUUACUAGGCUGGACAAACAGCUUUGCCGAAUGCCAUGCUUCCCGCCGAAGGGUGAAUAAUUUCUGUGAGCGUCUCGAGAAAAAGGACUCCUCAAUAUUUCUAUUUUGAAAAAUACAGGUGGAACGGCGGUAGAAUGUAAAUGAUACCAUUGUAGAUUCGCAGAGCUAGUUGCUACAAAGAAGAGCGGAAGCUAUGCGACUAUCAUGUUAUGGAUCAGUUUUUAUUUUUAUGCCCUUGAUUUAUCUUUGAUCCAUAGAAAUAAAAGCAAAUGAAAACUCCUAGAUAAAGCAUUUAUAACAGAGGAUUGAUGCAUUUUUUAUUAUUAGUUUGUUGCUAAAUGAUUUUUAUAAAAAAUUAUUAUCUGGUUUGUAGAAUUUUAAGAAAUAAAAAUUGUUUUUUCAGUUAUUAACAAGACAGUUUUCUAUUGUACAUAUUCAAUUUUCAAGAACUUCCCUUCGAAGUUGAUUUUCCUGAUAUGAUAUUUUUUAGUUUUAUUUGGAAACUAAAGAUUAUUGAAGAUUAUCAAAAUAAAAAGGUAUUAUUAUUAUUAUUAUUAUUAUUAUUAUUAUUAUUCACUUUAACCCUGCGCUUUAUUCGAAAGUUUGCCCAUACCGGAUUGGCAAAGCUGCCUGGCUUUGAUAGUACAUUUGAAUAUGCUAGUUCUUACUAGUUUACUAAUAACUACUGGUCAACUUUUAUGUCCACUUUAUAGCUGUUCGUUUGGUGAAUUCUUAUUUAUCCCGUGCCGGUCGUGUUGAAGUGCUGUACAUAAGGACAUGGGGAACAAUUUGUAGCGACUCUUGGGACUUACAGGACGCUAAUGUAGUUUGUAACCAGCUUGGAUACGAUGGAGCUUUACGAGCAGUUCGUAACGCAGCAUUUGGACAAGGAAGAGGCCAGAUAUGGUUGGAUGAUGUGCGAUGUGUGGGAAAUGAGAGAUCGAUAUCACACUGCAGUCACUCAGGAUUGGGAGUUCAUAACUGUGGUCACUAUAAGGACGCUGGCGUAGUUUGCCGACCUGCAGGUAAUUUGGCGAUACAUGCUCACAAUAAACAACUCAAAGCCAACAGAUUUUCUUUUUUUUUUUUUUUGUCACUCAUUUUUAGCCGUUUUUACAAAGUGAUGCGUGUAACGCUAUUUUUAGUGAAUCAAUGCUAACUAAAGUACAAAUAAAACCAUUUAUAACAUACAUGUAAAAUAUCCGCUUACAAGCCAGGUAAUUUGGCGAUACACGCUCACAAUAAACAACUCAAAGCCAACAGAUUUUCUUUUUUUACUCAUUUUUAGCCGUUUUUACAAAGUGGUGCGUAAAACACUAUUUUUAGUGAAUCAAUGCUAACUAAAGUACAAGUAAAACCAUCAGUAACAUACAUUUUAGACCUUUAUGAACCAGUUAAGCAUCAUUUCCAGCACAAAAACAGAUCUUAUGACGAGCCCUAACAAUGUUAAACAAGCUUUCUUAUAUUCUCACAUUGAAAACAGUUCGUUUGGUGAGCUCCACCAAUUCGUUGUCGUCUGGUCGUGUUGAAGUGUUUUAUAAUGGUACAUGGGGAACCAUUUGCGACGACUUGUGGGACUUACAAGACGCUGAUGUAGUUUGUCGCCAGCUUGGAUACGACGGAGCUUUAUCAGCACCUGGAGCCGCAGCGUUUGGACAAGGAACUGGUCAGAUAUGGCUGGAUAACGUUGGAUGUUUUGGAAAUGAGAAAUCCAUAUCUCAGUGCGGUCACCAAGGAUGGGGAGUUCAUAACUGUGUGCAUAGUAAAGACGCUGGUGUGGUCUGCCGACCCAAAGGUAGAGUAACGAUACAAGUACGUUUUAAAUGAAAAAAAUGAACUUAUCAGAAUUAAAGAAAGCCGUUGCAUGUUUAACAGUAAUUCAAUUAAACCUUCCAUGUCGCGAUCUUAUUCCCACCAACAGAUAGCAAGUGGUGCCAUUUCUUGAUUUUUUAAAGCAUACGACUGCAACCUUUAAUGAUAGCCCUAAAUUGUAUUCAAGAUGAUUGAUUUUAGAAAUUAACUUUGCAAGAGCUGAGAUGGUAUACAUCAAGAAGCUCUUUCAAACACAUUUAGAUUAAAGGGAGUAAGUUUCUAAAGAAACUGUGGUGCUGCGUCGGUGGGAGAGUAUAGCAGGUAAUUUAGUGUUAACAGCUGAAUUGAAACGUAAAUUGGCCACUGUAAAGAGUAAAAAAAGCUGACGUUUCGAGCGUUAGCCUUUCGUCAGCGCGAUUAAGAUUACACGUAUAUGGCUUGGAAUGUGUUCAUCACUGGGGUCAGUAAUGAGCUAUGGUAAAGUGUAGCUAUGUAGUGUCUCUAAAGACUGAAGGCUUUUUAAUCUGACUCCACCAAGCGAUUUGUUUUCUUCCGUGGAGAAUAAUAGAGAUGAGAAGAUAAAACUCUUGAGCUGGCCUUUUUCGAUGGCUUUUUUCUUUUCGAAAGAAAUAAUCGGAGGAUAAGUAUCGACGUGGAUGGGGUUAUUGUAUGAUAACAGUCUGGUGAUUCUCCGCCACGUGACUUAAAGUAGCCAAUAAAAUAGCGCGAAAAUUAAUGUGUGGAUUAUGACCCUCAGCUCUCUGCUGUGCUCUGACAAACAGUUAACGGUCGACGUGGCAGUCGUUCAAAAUGCCAAAACUCGCUACGACGGCUUACUUCUCUUUGAUAAUCGUUCAUGUAUAGCCCUUUGCAAGGCAUUGCGUAAAGCAGCCUUGGAUGUAGCUCUCAUUUUAGGGAAGGUGAUGAGAUAUUGAAAUCAUUCGUCUAUAGACAAAGAGCGACCUAUUUUCCCAAUUUUUAAAUGGCUGUCUUGCCAGGGCUGGUCCUCCCGAUUUCGCGGUAUAAAAGGUUUUUUUUUACUAAGGAAGAUGCUUUGCCACAAAUUAUUAAUGAGAUGUUGCAGCUUCAUUCCCCAUUUUUAGGUCAUUAUCCUCUGCUAUUAGGCAGUGUAUGGUAUACUGCUGUUUCGUGGUAUAAAGUUUCUAAACAAUUUCACAUUAAGGUAUAGCUUCAUAUGAAACAUACAAACUGAAAACACUGACCUCUUGGUGUUCUACAUGAGUCCGGUCGAUGAUCGAUAUUUACGCGGCUCAGUUGCCAACGAUUCCGCUUCUUUGUAAGAUUGCUGUUCUAACAAAUCAGAAUCAAAGUCGCCAGGGAGGGUCUGCAGAUAGAGCCGAUCAGAAUAGAUUCUAAUCUCACAGAGGUGGUGGCGCACCUUUCUGCCUCCUAUAUCAAGAUUAUCCCAUUUAUAGACUGGAUGUACAGUUAGGUUUUCUUUAAACUACCCCGUCACCUUGAUUGUCUCGAUCAUUCCUCACUGAUAUGAAGCCAGGGAUUCUUAUUCAAUGAUCUAAGAUGCAAUUAUCUGUAAUGAAUCGCUCUGAUGCCAAGUAGAAGCUACAUAGUACAUAGUACCGAUGCUACUUCGGCGAAGAUUGUUUAACAGGCCAUCAAGGCGUUAAUUUAAGGCAGACAGGUCCUUGUCCUCUUGUGUCGAGUAAUCUGCAUUUAUGAAUGAUGUGGAACAAUUUAAGAUGAAAGUAGUGGUUACACUAGUUCAAUAAAGACAGGGAGGAAAAUUCAAUCGAAGUAGUCCAUACCCUCAAAGUCUUUACAUUUGCUCGGUUUGACUCUUUUACAUUUACGAUGAUCUACAAGCGAAUAGAGCAUUUGCAAGGAUGAUUUAGAGCCAGGAUUGAGUGAGACAACUCUGCUUACGACAAGUUGUUGAAACUUGUUCGUUGAAUUGGCGAAAUAUGGCAGCCUCGAGUGAAGAAAAGCGUUAUCCUCUUGUAGAUAUAUGAUGGUUACUUCAGCCCUGCUUUUCGGGUCGGUUUUCUUGUAUCGCUUGACGACAGUAAAAUUAAAAGGACGCAAAAAUUCAGCAAAAGAUAAACAGCAGAAAUCGGGGUCGAAGUAUAAAUAUCGAUUGUUGUCUUGCUAGGCGAACAAACAGCUUUGCCGAAUGCCAUGUUUCCCGCCGAAGGGUGAAUAAUUUCUGUGAGCGUCUCGAGAGGACGACAUCAACAUCUUUAUUUUAAAAAAUACAGGUGGAACGGCGGUGGAAUGUAAAUGAUACCAAUGUAGACUUUGAUCCAUAGAAAUAAAAGUAAAUGAAAACUUUUAGAUAAAGCAUUUAUAGCAGAGGAUUACUGCAUUCUUUAUUAUUAGUUUGUUACUAAAUGAUUUUUACAAAAAAUUAUUUAUUAGCUUGUAAAAUUUUAGAAAUGAAAUUGUUAUUUGUAGUUAUUAACAAGACAGUUUUCUAUUGUUCACAUUCAAUUUUUAAGAACUUCCCUUGGAAGUUGAUUUUCCUGAUAUGGUAUUUUUUAGUUUUAUUUGGAAACUAAAGAUUAUUGAAGAUUAUUGAAAUUAAAAAAGGUAUUAUUAUUAUUAUUAUUAGUAUUAUUAUUAUUCACUUAAACCCUGCGCUUUAUUUGAAAGUUUGCUCAUACCGGAUUGGCAAAGCUGACUGGCUUUACCCAAUUUCUAAGAUAGUACAUUUGAAUAUGCUAGUUCUUACUAGUUUACUAAUAACUACUGGUCAACUUUUAUGUCCACUUUAUAGCUGUUCGUUUGGUGAAUUCUUAUUUAUCCCGUGCUGGUCGUGUUGAAGUGCUAUACAAUGGUACAUGGGGAACAAUUUGUGGCGACGUUUGGGACUUACAGGACGCUAAUGUAGUUUGUAACCAGCUUGGAUACGAUGGAGCUUUACGAGCAGUUCGUAACGCAGCAUUUGGACAAGGAAGAGGCCAGAUAUGGUUGGAUGAUGUGCGAUGUGUGGGAAAUGAGAGAUCGAUAUCACACUGCAGUCACUCAGGAUUGGGAGUUCAUAACUGUGGUCACUAUAAGGACGCUGGCGUAGUUUGCCGACCUGCAGGUAAUUUGGCGAUACACGCUCACAAUGCAUUUCCGUAUAAGGUGAAUCGGAAUAUGAGCUGAUAACUGCAGUUGUUUGAACCAAUCAGAACACUAAAAAUGCAGUAGUCAGAUUUGAAAAUUUCAUAAUAGCAAAUAUGGGUUAUUUGCACUUUGAUAGAAGUCUUGAAAAUACGGCUUCGGGCAAAAUCUUCAGGUCCGAAGUUAUUUUGUAUACGGACCAACGAAAAACUAAAUUUUUCGAGGAGGAAUAUCUGAAUUAAAAUUUGGUCACCUUAACAGCUCGGCAUAUGAUGGACUUCCAUCAUAAAUUUCAUUGUCAUUUUCAUGUAAAGGACCUAUAAGGCUAUGAAGCUAGAAAUGAGAAUAAAAAAAAAUAACUGACAUGUUACCCAGAUUCAAGUUCGCUUUUUAUUGUCAGACUUCGAUGCGUUCACAUUCUAGUAAGAUAAGUGGUAAUAGAUAAGCAUAAUUUAGCAACGAUACGUGAGUCGUAUGUAAUUUGAGGCAUAAUACAUAUGAUAAAAGCCGAAAAUUCCAGUCGACGAGUCAUUCUGAAAUAUCGCAAGAAAAACGGUUGAUAUUUGUCAGAGUAGUAGUCACGAAAUGUGGAGACUGUAAUAUGUUUCUUGAGAGCGACUUAAAUAAUAUUUUUCUCUGUGUACACAUUUACUACAGUCCGUUUGGUGAGUCCCGACAAUUCACCGUCGUUUGGACGUGUUGAAGUCCAGUUUCAUGGAAUAUGGGGAACAAUUUGUGGUAAUCACUGGGACCUAAAGGAUGCUAAUGUGGUUUGUCGCCAACUUGGAUACGAUGGAGCCUUAUCAGCCCUUAAAGAUGCAGAAUUUGGACAAGGAACAGGCCCGAUAUGGCUGAAUAGGGUGCAGUGUGGAGGAUCUGAGAAAUCAGUCUCACAAUGCCCGCACGCAGGAUGGGGAGGCCAUAGCUGUGGGCAUCAAAAUGAUGUUAGUGUGGUGUGCCACCAGAUUAAAGGUAAAUUCAAUGAUACGCGCGGUCCUAUUUUAAUAUUAUUUUAUUAUUUAUUUAUUAUUUUAUUAUUUUAAUUCUUUCUACUCCAUGGUCGGGAUACUGAAAAUUUUCAAGAAAUACUUUCGUUGGGAAGAGUUAAAAACGUAGCAUUUUUUCACUUAAAUGUUGUUAACAUCUACAUAAUUGAAAAAUUCUACGCCUUACUUUCAUGCUGCACAUUUUGGUGACCUGUUAUGCAUAGGACUGGCAGCAAAUAUUAUCAUUUUCUUCUGUUUUCUAUUUUACGAGAAUCUGAGGAUUCGACACCUGUUAGUUUUGGUCUUUCUCAUUUCUUUUUUUUUCUUCUUUAGUUUAAUUCUCUCAAUUCUGCUGUCUCAAUCGUUAUGAUAUCUAUUCUUGGAGGAGCUUGUCUACAUGACAUGUUUACUUAGGAAUAUUUAUGAUGUUAGUGUUAACUGCGAAGAAACUGAAUACUUAUUCAUAAUACGCAAAGGAAUAGACUGCUCAUCUAAAUGUAUCAAUAGACAAGGAAUUUUUUAAUUUUUAUGAUUUGGCUUAGGCAGAAUCAGCACGUUAUAGGUCUCUUUUUUAUCAGUUAAGUAGAUUUAAUUAAAGAAAUAUCACUUUAAAAAAUGCAAAUACAAUCAGGGCAGAUAUAAAUUUAUUCUUCAAUAACUGCUUGCACAGUUUGCUUAAAGGCAAGAAGAGAAUGUAAUAAUUUUCAUAUUCUUAAAGGCCUUUGAUAUCGAGGCUCACCACACCAUGUAAUAUCCACCUUCACUGAGAGAGCAAUUCUUCAUUCACCUUUUUGUUUCUAGGUGCACCAUCAGCUACCCAGGCAAGCACCAUUAUCAAAUUGGAGUUAGGAGAAGAUAGGUCUAUUGGUUGCCCUGUAAAUAUUGGAAACCCUCCUGCUGAUAUCACGUGGUACAAAGGAAAUGAUACCAACGGCAGAAAAAUGACUAACUGCUCAACUCUUGAGGUUAGGAAUGUUGCUUCAAGUGACGAAGGAUGGUAUACCUGUUUUGCAAAAAAUGAAUUGGGAAAUGCAACCGUACGGUUUUUGCUACUUGUUGGUAAGUUAAAUAGAUUUAAGUAUGAUUACUGAUAAAUCUAAGCUACUUUUUUAAUCUGGGGCCGACGUCAGCCAGCAAUAUUGUCAGCAAAGUCGUUGGCAAAGUACAAGGCCUCAGCAAAUUCUACUGAUAUUUAUUUUUUUAAUGGCAUGUUAGAGCUCUCUUUCCUCCGACAUACUAUUCAGCAGGAGAAAAGAGAACAAAGGAGUUUUUAACCCUGUAAGAGGGACUAAUGCGUAUUCAUCUGAAGAAGUUUUGAGAAAGCUAAAAUGCUAUAACGCUUCUUAUUCUACAAGGGAAGAUAAUUUUCGUACAUAUACAUGCACACAUCCAUAAUUGUAUUAAACAUUCGUCAAGUCACAUUGUUUAAAACUUGACAUUAAACAGUCCACGACCAACGAUUUCUUAUUUCCCUUGAUUCUUGUGCUCCUCGGCUGAACACUUGGAAAUAGGUGCUGUUUUUGGAUUUCCCAGACAAUUUUGCAUCGCCAUUGUUCUUACUCUUUGGGUGGCUUUUAAUAGUUAUACUAGUCCUAGAAUAUUAUCGCGUAAUGCGGAACCACCUUGAAAACUGCUUCUCUGAUCGGAGCCUCCUGAAAUAUUGCAUUUAUCAUCAAUUGGUUCUUAAUAAUAAUAAUAGAUUUAAAAAAAAUUAGAAAUGUCUCGUUUAAAAGUCCAAUGUCAUUCUUCCCCAGUUAAACCGGCAUCAAGUACAGUUACUACAUCAUCCCAAACAACUCCCGCAGGUGACAGCUUUUCUUUGUUAUACUCUGAAAAUUAGAGAUUGUAUUUCGAUGUUACGAACUGAAGCGAGUAAAACAUUACGAGAUUAAUAAACUUACAGUAUCACAGACGGGCGGGGGCUACCCUUUUAGACUGUAGACCGCCAACAAGUCGUAUCACAGGUUAGGUAUCGUAGUUGAGGCAAUCGUUUGCGAAGUUUUUAUGUCAACAUCAGCCUUCGUGUCAAAAUUUCAAACCUUUUUUACUCUAUUUUACCUUUCCACAUUGUCGACCUCGUUUCCUCUUUUUGAUCUCUAGUUUGAAAGGAAAUAGUUCAUAAAACGUUACAUUGUUUUUUUGCCUUUUCCCUUCACGGGACUCCAAAAAAGUUUAAUGACCAAAGUAAGAAGUAUUCACUUUAUUUGCAUCAGAAAUCCAUUCAAAAUUUUGUUUGAUGGAGAUUUUUCAAUUUAUGAUAUUGGCUAUCUUCAAAUAAAAAUCGAUCAAUUUAUUUCAUACUCAGAAACUUGUAUCGGAGUAUCUUGCUUUAGUGUUCGUUCAGGAUUUAGUCGUACUCCUGGCUACUUGAGCAUGUGAAAAGUUUCCAAAUCAAAUCCUACAAAAUAACUAUGAAAGGGAAUCGUCUACAUCUUAAUGAAUCCUCGUAUUAAAAGAGUACAAGUGAAAGGUCAAAUCUUCUCUCGAGCUUAUUAACACACUCUGUCUGAACGACUUUUUCACCGGGAUUUAUUUGAAAACUUUUUAUAUGCCCACAGCUUAAACCAUUUUUGAGUUGUAGCACUGCAUAAAGGGCAUUCAUUCUCUCAGUAAUUCUGAUAGAAUGCGGCUAUUUUUAAGUUUCAGGACGCUCAGAAGUUUUCUUGACAGCAACAGUACAGGAGAGCUGUGACAGACGUUUAGAAGUUGCUGCAGAAUUCCCAGAUGUGGUGCGAUAAUCUGCUUGAUCAAUAUCAUCAUAUUUAUGGGAUACUAAUGAUCAAUUCAUCUUGUUAUAAACCUAGACUUUCACUCAACAAAACGAGCACCGUCAUUGGUUGAUUCUUGGUCACGUGCGCCUGAUCAAAUAUCCUGACCGGGAGUCUUAGCGUAAUUGUUGCCCGCGCACCGAAUAAAACAGCGUAUGAUUGUUUAAGGGAAAGUCUAAAUACAUAACAAAGCACUUAAUGUAUGGUCCCUCGGGAAACUCGACUUCGUCUCGGGAAACAUUAGGACUCUCGGGAAAACAAAACUGACUGAUUCCCGAGGGACCAUACAUUAACUGUAUAUAAUGUUGACCACUGACCAUUGCUUGUUAACCUAUUUGAUCGUGAUACGAAGUCAUUAUUUUGCUUGCAAUAUACUUCAGCAACACAACAAUAGUUGUAAAGCACGAUUUUUUGUCGUAUACAUAGAUUAAUAUUUUCACUUGUCCAUCUAGGCUUGUAAAAUUGUCUUGAAGUUUGGCUGCUUAUCCGCAAACACUGUGAACACCAGGUAAAGUACAGCUUUUUUCUUAAAUUAAACCAGCUUGCGCAAUUUUUGUUCAAGGGGGAUCUUUAGCUCAAAUAGGCGAAUCUCUGCAUUAAACCUGUUUUCCUGCUCAAGUUAGUCUUAGUUAAUACUUACCAAUCGACAUCUGACGGAAAAAGAUUUUCUUAAUUUCGACAUUGAUCGACUUUGAAUUAAUUUUGAUUCAGCCUGGCUUAAUGCACGUUAAUACCUCUGGCCUAUGUGACUUAUGUCACUGAAGUACAAAUUAUUUUAAAUCGCUUUUGACUUUCUGGUACUUUGAUGUACACUUUUCUAUCUAGGUGUGGCAGUGUUGUUCUGGACUUCAUGAUGAGGUUCGAUCAGCGUGUAGUACUCAGCCAUGUUGUGACUUCUCUGUCGGAUGCUGCAAGGGAAGACAGAUUCGGUGAUUUUAAAGUCGAUCCAGACUCAAUAAAACAAGUUUUGACAUCCAAAGGUACAUGUUACAAAGAAACUGUUUCAGACCAAAUUAAAAAAGGAAGGGUAACACCCUGUUUUGCCUUAGUAUUUAGACAGUCAAAGUGCACAUUCUCUCGUUUACAAGCCAUGUCAUUAGAGCAGUAUUUUUGCCAGGAUUAAAGUAAAACCUUGCUCCAAUAUUGCUUCAUUAAGCCUCACGAAACCAAUUAAUUUAGGUCAUGAAGAAGGCAAGGGCUCAAGUAACGACGUCAUGUUCAGAGCGUUUAUUGGUAUUCUUGUCCUCAUAAUCCUUCUUCUGAUAAUUUACAUAAUCUGGCUACACAGGAGAGGUGAGUAACAAUUUCAUUACUUACGUUAGAGUGGUGGGGGCAGGAUCCGUCAUGAAGCAAGACAAACUUUUUUUUACCUCCACCCAAAGAAUUCUAAUUUUUUUUCUUUUUCCUCCUCCUUAGGCGCUAAAGAAAAAAAACGGUAAGAAUUUGCUCUUACAUGGAAUAUUUUAAGAUUAUUCUUCAGAUAAAAUAUCAUCCUAAAAUAAAAUGAAAAAAGUGACAAAAUUUAUUUCAUAAACAUUUGCAUAUUAGUAGAGGUAAUCACAUGAUUUCGAGUGCAAUUUUGAAUAAAUAAGCACGAGUACAUUUUUCAAAUACUAACAAAAUUGCACGAGCCCGUAAGGCGAGUGCAAUUUGUGAAAAAAAUCAACAAGUGCUUAUUUAAUCCAAAUUGCACGAGAAAAAUCAUGUGAUUACGUAUUAAUAAUAUACAUGAACAAAUACGAGAUAGCUUAUCAUAAUUAAGCAAGAGCAAAACGCGCGCAUCAAGUGCUAAAAUAAACCAAACCUUGCGUUCGGUCAAAAAGACCGCGUACGAUCAAAACAAUAAUAUACAACGAUAUUUUCACAUCUUUAAGAUGCAAAGAGUUCAAAGUCCGGUUAAACAGUUUAAGGAAUUGUUCAGUCUGUGUCCGUAUCCCUUUCGAUGAAAUGGAAUCGUCUUUUCUGAGGUUUAACAAUGUUUGUUUUUAUUUUCGGCGUAGAAUCGCUCGAACAAAGUGUUAAGCUGGGUUGGCCCGUAAUUUCGAUUUCCUUGACAAUUCCCUUCUCUAAACACCACUUUUUCCAAACCGACACCUAAAAAGCAGUGCUUUUCACAGUUUUUUCGUUGUUAGAGCUGUUUUUCAGUUGUUGCGACACCUAAAAAGCAGUGCUUUUCACAGUUUUUUCGUUGUUAGAGCUGUUUUUCAGUUGUUGCGACUUGCCUACUUAAAACGCCGUCCAUUGUUUCGCUCGGAAAUUUUCAGCGUAUUCAAAUGUUGCGACAUCCAAGGCUGGAAUUUGAUUGGUUAACUGUGAGUUUCUUUGAUUAUUCACCAAUGAGAAUGUAUGGUUUGUUACUUCUUUGUACUGAAUUAGCCCUCUUCUGCAUUGAAUCACCUGAAAACUACAUUUAUCUUAACAAACAGAACUGAGUAAUUUUUCAUGUAUAUUAUUAGCGCUGUAAUGGCUGCCGUGAACUUUGCGCUCUUGCGAAUUUUCUGCUCCGUACUUUUUUUUGUUAAUAGCCUUUCAUUACCUGACCAUUUAUACAAGGACUUACAAGUGUUCAUUUGUGGAAGAUCCCACUAAAAUUUUACUUUCUUCUCGGUACUAAGAUCCAGGGAAUAAACCAUGGUUAUAAUUUCAAACUGUUGUCUGCUAUUACUCCAGAAACAAAGAAUGGAAAUAUUGUUUUUUCUCUGUUUUAUCUAUUCAUUGGGGUAGAUAAUAACUUCUUAUUGACCUGGCGUGAGGGAAUAUUGGAGAAUAUUGGCCCGAGGUCGUAGCAUUACGAACGUACAAAAACGAACGAGGGCCAAUAAUCCCAAGUUCGGCUCGAGCACGUGAGGUAAGUAGGAAAGAAUAAUACAUGGGCGCGCGUAGAUAUGGAAUUUCCCUUCGAGUUGAACACGAGAAGAGAAAUCUCAUAUCUACAAGCAACCAUGUAUUAUUUUGUUUAUCAUAUAAACACAAUAGCCCUUUACUGACAAGAAAAGUCAAUUUUAUUUGUGAAUGAAAAUAAAGGGAUCGAGAAUCCUCGAAUGAAAGUCCUAAAGUGCGUUGGCGUUCAGGCUCAAGACGAAAAAUUGCGUUAAAACAAUAUAAAAACAGACAAUGGGCGUAAUUUUUUAAAAUACAAAUUUCUCAGUUAUUUACUUAGUCCUUGGCGACAGGAGAAAUCUUUCAGGUCACGGUCAAAAAUCUGCUUGUGGCAAAUCUUCCAGUUGUCGAUUUUCGUUCUCAGCCGCGCGAAACGCCAUUACCAAAGCCACUCAAUACCCAACUUUCGGUUUUCUUUCCGUAUUUUGGUUUUCUUCCUCUUCUAGGAAAGUUUGAACGUCACUGUCUGUAAGCGAUACGGAUUUUUCAGUGUUUUAGCAGCUAUAAUCCGUAAAGAUUCCGACAAACGACCUUGGAUUGAGAAUGGUAAAAGCAUCGCCGUUCAUUCUUCGACCUAACCGAGUGGCGCGAAAGGCGAGUGACGUGUCAGCAGCUGAUUGGCGAUAUCAAACACUGGUGGAAAAAAAAACAUUUUUCACGUUUGUUGUUACGGCUUUUAUCAGAUCUAAAAAUCCUUGUAUAACACCGUAGUUUAUAUGAUAAAGUAUAUUAUAGGUUUAAAAUAUGAUAUUUUUUCACCUUUUCACUAAUUCAGCAACUGAUGAUUUUUUUAUCACAUAAACUGCGGUGCUAUACAAGGAUUUCCGGCCCUGAGAAAAGUCGUAACAACACACGUGAAAAAAUAUUGUAUUUUUCACGUCUGUUGACAGAGCCAAACAGCUGCUUACACGUCACUCGCCUCUAGCGCCACUCGGUCAGGUUGAUGAAUGAACGGCAAAGCCUUCACGAUUCUCAAUACAAGUUGCUUGUCGGAGCCUUCUCGAAUUAUGGCGGCUAAAACUCUAAAAAAUCUGGGAUCAAUAUCAGUAUCUGGGCAACUGCCCACCUACCCCUCUUCCCUAAUUCAACAACAGUCAAUUGACAAAAUGUUGGGUUAGAAAAGAGGGGUAGGUGGGCAGUUGUCCAGAUAUUGAUAUUGAUCCAAAAUCCGUAUCGCUGACAGACAAUGAGGUUCAAACUCUCCUAGAAGAGGAAGAAAACCAAUAUACUAAAAGAAAAACCGAAAGUUGCGUAUUCAGUGGCUUUUGUGUUAACAUUUCUCUCGGCUGAGAAUGAAAAUCGACAACUGGAAGAUUUGCCACGGGCCGAUUUUGGCCGUUUACCUAAAAGACUUCUUUCGGUAAGGACAAAGUCAAUAAAUGAGAAUUUUGCAAAUUGAAAAUUAUGACCAUUGUUGUUUUUGUAAUCAUGAUUCAACGCAUUUUUCCAUCUUAAGAGUUAGCGCCAAUGCACUCUAUGAUUGUUAUUCGAGGAUUGUCGAUUCAUUUAUUUUCAUUCAUCAAUGAAGUCGGCUUUUCUUCCCAGUUUAUAUGAUAACAAAAUAAUACAUGAUUGCUUGUAGAUAUGGAAUUUCUCUUCUCGUGUUCAACUCGAAGAGAAAUUCCAUAUCUACGCGCGCCCAUGUAUUAUUCUCUACAUAUUGGAAAUUUGGCCUAUUGUUUGUUUUUGUAGUGAUUUCAUCGUCAUGUUUUCAUCUUGAGUGUGCCAACACACUGUUCGAUUUUUAUUCGAGGAUUGCCGAUCCUUACAUUUUCAUUCAUUAACUUUUCUUUCAGUAGAGGGCUAUUGCUUUUAUAUGUAAUAAACAAAAUAAUACACUGUUGUUUGUAGAUAUGAAAUUUCUCUUCUCGUGGCCAACACGACAUCUCACUCGUGAGCUAUCGAGUUAAACACUCAAAGAGAAAUUCCAUAUCUACUCGUGCCCAUGUAUUAUUCCCUAUUUACUCUGAUUUUGGGCGAAAUCAUGACCCUUGGAAUGCUUAUAUACGCCGAAGUCUUGGAUCUAACUUCAACUGUUUCGUCGAAGAUCAUAUAUUCAUUUAUUCAUUCUUAAAACGUACUUUUCAAGCGGGCCUAUGACUAAAUUAAUUAGUUAUUAGCGAUUUUUUUUCUCCCAGACGUUCCUAGGAAUUUACUUUGUAAAUUUACAUCAAUGUUGGUUAUCCUUACCCUAGGUUCAUUAUUAAAUUACUCAAUAUAGUAUAUUAUUAUUAAUGUGCAUAUGAACAUACAUUCUGUACUUGUAUGGUAUGUGCGCAAUGUAAGUUCUUUAUUGUUUAAUAUUAGAAUUAGUUUUAGUAUUUAUUGCUAUUAUGAUUUUAUUUCUCUUUACAGUAGGACUUAUGAAGAAGAAAAAACUGUUUACGACGUAAGUUACGGCUAAGACAUUAAGGUUGCAUCGGUGCGAGGAGGAAGUAUGUGAUCUUACUUUUAAUUUGCUAUAUUCACGAGAAAUUGGCAAUCUUUGAAGGAAGAGAAAAAAGGAUUUUACUAAAAAUGCAGAAGGAAUGUAUUUAAAACGGGUUGCAGAUACCAUGUGAUUAAUAACCUAUAACUGGAUAUGGACUUUGCCGUGGGACCAGGUCAAGCUAAUCACUAGAUUUUUUUCUCGGUUGUUCCAAAUUUCACACAUAAAUUAAUUCAUAGGUCUGCUUUCGGUUGAGAUUUGUUUUCCAAAUAAAUCUUCGAAUAAUUCCAGAAAUCUCGGUCAAUCCGUUGAACAUGAUCCUUUCAGUGGUGGAGAACAUGUUUUUUAUUGAUUUAAGAUACAAGAAAGGAAGUAUAUAAACAUGAGUCAGAUAAAAAUGCUUAAAAUGUUUUUGCCUUGUAUGGCCUGUUGUAGAAAUUUACCAAACUUUAUUGUUACAUACCCAUUUAUUAAGUAGUUGAACGGGUACAUUGAUUUGAUAGAAUGUGGUGACGCUACAAGAUAUCGAACUAAGUCAGCACCAUUCAAGCACACCCGGGCAGCCCUCUUCAGAGUACGUGGGUCUCAGAGAAGCCAGGAAAGAUAAUAGAAAAGCACAAAGUACAAGUCCAGGUUACGAGCUUCCUCAUCCAGCAAAACGCUCCUGGGAAGUUCCAAGACAUCACGUUACCAUCGAUAAAGUAAUUGGUAAAGGUGCUUUUGGACAGGUUGCCAAGGGAACGGCAGUAGGACUUCAAGGGAGGCCUGAUACGACUACAGUGGCCAUUAAGAUGCUCAAAGGUGAGUCAUGUACUUAUUUCAGGACAUUUCUUACGGUUUUUUUUGUGUUUUUUGUUUUGCAUAUCAUUAACUUUUGCUGUUUAACUCUCCAGCUAACGCUAAGGUAUCGUACAAAAGGGAAUUGAUGAAAGAACUUGAAACGAUGAAGAAGCUUAAAAAAAAUCCUCACGUCAUCAAACUCUUGGGAUGUGUUACGGAAUCUGGUAUGUUUUGAUUAUGUAGGUUUUUGAUGCCAAACGCAUUUUCCUUGUAAUUUACAAAAAAGGCAAUAACAAUUCGCUUUAAUUUUUAGGAAAACGCUUUCUUCUUUGUUUUCAGAGGAACUCCUGGUACUGAUUGAAUAUGUCCCUUUUGGAGAUCUGCUCGGUUACCUGAGAAAGAGCCGUGGAUUAAAUGACACUUAUUACAAAGACCCGGAUAUCAAACCUCGAACCAAUCUGACGUCACAGCAGUUGAUGAAGUUUGCCUGGCAAAUCGCUGAUGGCAUGAGUUACCUGUCCUCAGAAUCUGUAAGUUAACUAACAAAUGCAAAAGACGUAAUUUAAUUCUAAAAUAUUCCUUGUAGGGCGUACCGUCAUGGUAAGUUUUUCUGACAUGCAUACUAUUUCAUAUUUUGCAAACAUUUUCUUACCGUUUGGUCUAGAGCUUUUUCUGUAGGGCGCACCCUCCAAUUUUCAACGCUAUCAACCAUGCUUUUUGUUAUUAACAUUAUUUUUUUUAUUUGCGGUUGGCAAUCGUCGUGCAGCCUUGCAGAUGUACCUCACCCUCGACUUCUUCUGGUCUCGCUGACUCCCAUAAAGUUUCCAAUUGUCAACAGUUCAUUGAUUAUCGAAAGAGAAUUUUCUCCAAUUCUCCUGGAAACUGUAACAGUACUAAUGCAUUUUAAUUUAUUAUCACUUGGGCUUAUAAGAAAUACACGCGCUGUUGAAUUCGCUAAAAGCGGAUAAUUUUAGAUCUGAACUUUUUUUUCAGUUCCUCUUUUAAUUACUGAUUCUCCCUUCUUUCACGAUCAAUUCCUUUAGAUCAUCCACCGAGACCUUGCAGCCCGUAAUGUGUUGGUUGGACAAAACGAAACGUGUAAGGUGACAGACUUUGGAAUGGCUAGAGAUGUGCAACAGGAAAAUAUUUAUGAACGAAAAACAAAGGUAAUACAAAAAUGGGGACUACUCAGUUAUAGAACAUUUAGCAUAAUCACCUUACACAGUAACUCUCGUGGCAGAGGUGACAUGUUUAUGGUUUUCGAUCAGGAUAUCUCUGGAUUGGACCUGAUAAGGAAAUAACGGAUACUUAUCGAGUGCUAUUUCAUCUAUAACUGUCGUUUAUUUCUCGCUAACUAUUAUUUUUGUUCCCUUUCAUAAAUCUUUAGGGCCGUCUUCCAGUGAAGUGGACAGCUUAUGAGGCGUUGUUUUAUGGUACCUAUACCACCAAAAGUGACGUGUAAGUAUAUCUGAUCAUAAUUGUGAAAGAUGACGUCUAUUAAACAAGUGGUUCAUGCUUAGCGUGCGUACAUAGAGGUAAGGAUUGGUAUGGAUGUUCGUGGGAAGUUUGGAGAGCACAAGAGAAGUGUAAGAAUUCCUUUAGGGGCGGUGGAUAGCAAUUCUUGCUUCUUGACUGCUCCCCAGACUUUCCAAGUGCAUCCACAACUCGAUAUACGCACAGUUACAGGCAUUAACUAAUUGUUGUAUGACAUAGCAGACACAAUUUGUCCACGAUAUAAUAGUCGCGUGCUACCUGAAAGUUAUAAGUAAAAGGUAAGGCAAUAAUGACAAGAAGUAUUUCGAGUUUAAAACUUUUUUCAAAGAAGUGCUAAAUAUGUUGUUUUUAGAGCGAAGAAUGUGUGAAUUUCUUGCGCCUACCAGUCUCACGAAAUGUUAGGAAUUACAUCAAGGAUUCUAACGAAAUGCUAUCGAAAAUACUCGAAAAAAUAAUAAUUACCGACCUGAAGAAGAGUCCAAACGUCGCAAAGCCUCAUUUGAGAUCAGCAAGUUCAGUUUUCUUUUUCAAGCCAUUACUCGUGUUGCGUCGGGGAAUCGAAGUAUCGUUAACUCUAAAGCUAAUUCCGUCGCCUUAAGAUUUAAAUGUCCAUUCAGUUUCCAAAUCUAGUGAUAUUUGGCAUACUUACUUUUCACUUUGUGCCUCAAAUUCAGUCUUAAAAACGACUGGAACCCACGGCUAAACUGGAAGGGGGCCUUGCAGCAAAUACACUUGUACACAUACAACGGCCGUGCGUCCUUAGAGAUAGUAGACAUUCUACAAUGACUCAAUAGCUAGGAAUAAGAUGAAAGAAGUGCGCACUAACUUAUAAAUUUUCCUCCUGUAAAUGUUAUCACUGAAAAAAGGGAUUAAAAAGUUUGUCAAAAAGAUAUUCGUUUUGUCUUAUAUAAUGUUUAUGUCUUCAGCCAGCCAUUUUACUCAUGUUUUCUUUGCCUCCCUGCAGAUGGAGUUAUGGAGUUGUCCUUUACGAGAUUUUCACCAUAGGUAACGUCUGAUGGAAAUUUAAGAGACUGCAGAGAUUUUUUGCCAUACACGUAUUUGAACUGAACAAUUUUGUAACCGAAGUAUUUGUGCUCAUCCAUUUAUUUAAAAUAUCCACACGUCUACGGUACUAAACUUGAGGAGGGAAAAUGCAUAUGCAAGAAAUAAACUCACAAUAAAGAAAAAGAUUUAUGUGCAUAACUAUACAAAGCAUUUAUAAACAACGAGUCUGCUUCUAAAAAGUGGACAUAAACGUUAAUGUACAGGACUAAAUCUAUACACAAAACUUAACAAAUUUUUCAACAUAAAUUUCGUAACAUCAUGUAGCGAUAUAAAUAUCAACCACAAGUACACAACUAAUGAAACGUACAAACACUCAAGGGUAAUUAACACGCGAAAGCAAAACAACACGGAAAACGGUAGAGAAGCAGGUUUCGCGAAUAGCAAUGCAUUCUGUUCAGGUAGACAACUCCCUAUACAAAUUCAUACUCCAUCAAAAUGACAUAGAUGAUGCUUUCAUUGAUGGUCGUUGUUUAAGACAUUAACAUUCCGACUGUCUUGUUGAAUUCUUUCAGGCGGUUCACCUUACCCAAGAAUGGAUGGAAAAAAAAUUGCCAACCUAAUUGAAGAGGGAUACAGAAUGCCUAAGCCACAACACGUGGAUGAUCAAUUGUAAGCUUCUAUUAAGUCUUUUUCUUUCCUUGCAACAGGAAAUAUUCUAUAAACUCUUUCACAUCAACUGAUGUUUGAUGUUCACAAGAUGAAAUAAUCCUGUAUUCCAUAUAAAAAAUUCUAGGUAUCAGAUCAUGAUGAGAUGCUGGCAAAAUGAUCCAGAUGAAAGACCAACUUUCACUGAAUUAAAAAAUCAGCUUAAAGACAAGGAAACUCUACACAAGGUGAGAAUUAUGGCGGACAUGGAAAUUUGCUUUUACGCUGGAGUAUCUUUAAAUUCAUAGCUUGUCAUUCAGAUGGCCUAACUUGAUAUGUACUCAUCUCUUCUAAUUUGUGCGAAGUUUGGAUUGCUUCUUCCUGUUGUUUCCUUGAAGCAAACAAAGUAAAGGUUAUUAUCGGUUGUUAUCGGUAUAUGAGAAGCAAAAUAAAAUGUUCCAACAACAGAAAAAUCUUUAUGGUCAUUAUAUAAAAGAUGAUAAGACUAUUGCAAAAUUGCACUGAAAUGUCCCCCAAAAAAGCGAACAAUAACGUUUUGUAAUUCUAAAAAUACUGCUACCUGACAGUUAAUGUGGAUAACUCAUGAUAUAACGUAAAGGGGGAACACAUUCAGUUUCAUAAUGCUAUCUCUCUUUUUCUCUUUAGAGGCUGAUCAACAUGAGAAUGUACGACAAGAAGUUGUAUGCAAACGUCGAGGAUUUAAUAGUGUAGUUAGGUACACGUCCUCAGUGUUUGAUUGGCGAACUGUUUGAACAUUUUGCCACAAUAAGUUUCACGGAAUGAUCAUCCUCGACUUAAGUGCUUACUUUGUUAGGGAGUUUUACGAAUCGGUCAGAUAACACAUUUAAUUCUAAUUUAGUUUCAUUUUCCAUAAAGGUGAAGCUUUAUUACGUCUAAGUUUUCGUAUUCAUAGUCAAAUAUACCGACAUUUUGCUGUUUAGCAUCUUAAGUACAUGCACGCUUGCUUUUGUUCAAUUUUCUUAUUAUUUUUUUGAACGAAUAAAGUCGUUCAAGACUGAAUCGAAUUAAUAGAUUUAGAAAGCCGUGCCGCAAUCAUUUUCUUUUGUAGCGAGAGCAUGACUUUCUUGUCUUAGUUUUUACCAGCGCUGAUCAAAAGUUUAAGACGUAAAAAAGUGCAAACCUGAACUUUUCUUAAAUUUUUUAUUUCUGACUUCAAUUCGCCGAACAUUUUUUCAUCGCUAUAAAGAUGACAAUAACAACAAAUAACACUGAAUAAUAGAGAAAGUAAGCUUCGUGAUAUUUCAUUUUGAUAAACUUCAUCAUGAGGCAAGUUUAUUAAUAAAUUAAUUCAUGAUAAAAUUAACAGCAUCCCAUUCCUAGAGAUUUCAUACAGGAUUUAAGAAAUGUAUCAAAGAAAAGCCUUUACGUUGUUUUAAGCCUUGCUCAAUUAAAAGUGAACUAAGCCCUGGAAUCUUGGAUCGCUUGCCAACGAUCGCGUUUCCUUUUUGGAAUCUAGCAUAAAUGUAGCGCUAAAUUUUUACAAAUACACCGAAUAAAACAAAGAAUGGGACCAGGUUAUCCUGGAAAUGAGUUCUGAAAUCAUUCCAUACAACAUUAUCUCGUCUAUAAGUGCACAAUUUACGCAAAUCUUAGGCGUUUUGAUCGCGGCGCGAAAACUAGCGUAAUGACGUCCUGAACUUGUCGGGGAGAACGGCAAAGCCAACACCGGAAGUCGAAAUAGAGUCGUGUCCAGACUAUCCCCGCGCUUUCCCGUUCUGAAAUGAUGUUCCCGUCCUCUUGCUAAAUCACUCUAAUAAUUCCUUUCUGAAGACUGAUUAUAGCCAUAUUUUUCUUCUCAUCUUUGUAUCGUAGGUUAUCUAUUAGUAGUAAACAAAUUUCAAAAUAUUGAAACACAACGGCAACCCUGGAAUGGGGCUUUAUCCUAUCCCCUUGCGCUUCGAUACGGUUGUCAGUUAGUGUAAAUUUCGAAGUCUAUGCUGUUACUGACUGUGAGUUGUCAGAAGUCAAGUCAUUUGAUGCAAUUUACCUUUCGUCCUUCGAAGUUCUUUUUUCAAAACUGAAUCCCAUCUGCAUAAGUUACAAAUCUCUGUCAUAUGUAGAACCCAAUUACUCCUCGGUCACCUUGUAAUUUUUGUAAGUGAACAAGUGAAUUCGAGUUUACACUUUCUCUAUACUCUACAAGAUAAGAAGCGUAGAAGCAGUCUCGUCUGGGAGUUUUGAUGAAUAUCUUGCAAUCGUUGAUUCAAGCAAAUUACGUCUCGGGUUAUGUUUUGAGAAACAAAUUCGAUCUCAAAUGCUACAUAACCCAUUUUGUUACACAAUAGAGCAAGCAGAACGGCUCGAUCCCGCUUCUGAACUGAACACUUGGUAAAUAAGAAAAAGAACGGUUAGGAGAUGAAAGGUGGUUCCUUUCACCGAUAGCAAUUUGAUCGCAACCCGUGACACUUUACCCGCAACGUAGUAGGAAAUGGGAGAAAUAUAUAAAGUGCGAGAGGAUAGGACGUUCACAAGUGUGGGCAUAGUGAAGACACUAUUGUGGUGUGCCGACCCGCAUGUAAAGCAACGGUUUACGAAGGUUUUAAAUUUACUGAAAAUGUACUAUCCCCUUAAUGAAAAUGCUGGAGAUUAUUAAAAACUAAAUAUUUAUUUUUUUAAUGUGAACACGUCACGAGACUUAAUAUGCCCCAGCUAAAGCUAGGGAAAAUCCGAUGUUAUGAUCUAUCAAACAUUUUUGCUCGUAUGCGAUUGGUCUAUAUCAUCACGUGACCAAAUAUGAGCUAAAACUAUGGGAUAUCAGAGGAUAUCACCCAAGUGAUAUUCUCCAAUUUUCAAACCCUUCGUCCACUACGACAAGUCUUCGUUUAAAAUUUAAUUCAAGAUGAAAGAGACUUUGUGUUUGUUACAGAAGAAGAGAAAUAUCUGUUUUGUUCAUAAAGCCGUAACAGAUAACACUCAAAAGAAGAAAUCCCGCACCGUAAACAGGAGGCUAUUCGUAAAUAUUUUUUCACGCGCAUUGCAAUAUUUCACAAAAAUAUGCUGGUAUGUUUGCCCUUAGACAUUAUCUGGUCAUUGAAGCUGAUAGUUUUCCUCGAGUUUCGCUCUCAGGAAACUGUUUGCAUCUUGGAACAGACAAUGUACGCGGACAAAUAUCCGUGCAUAUUUUCGCGCCAAAUAGAGGCUAUUUUCUACAUAUUCCCCAAGUGAUAUUCCCCAGUUUCAAAAGCUUACGUCCAAUACGAUAAUUCUGCGUUUAAAAUCUAAUUCGAUAUGACAGAGGGUUAAGAGAAGAGGAGAAAUAUUUCUUUGUCUAUAAAGUCGUACCAGAGAACGCUAGAAAAUAAAUAUCCCAUACAAUAAUGUUAGGCUGAUCGAAAAAAUUUUGUCCUGCGCGCUGCACAAAUAUUUUAGGAAUAGUAAAUACAUCUCAAAACUGUUCUUUUUUCGGAAGAGAUGAUGUCCGCUGGAAAAUAUCUGAGCAUAAUUUUGUGCUAAAUAGAAGCUACGGUACAUAUGUCACAAGACGGCGCAUCAUAAAAUCAGAACGAGAAGGCGCUCUCUGGGACUUGAACCCCUCAAAGCAUGUUUAAAACAGGACAUUUAUAAGUAAAACAAAAUUGCACGAGCCCGUAUGGCGAGUGCAACUUGUUGUCUUUGAAAAAAUUACAGGUGCUUAUUUACACCAAAUUGCACGAGAAAUCAUGUUGUUACUUAUUGAUAAUUUACAUGAAAAAGGCAUCACAGAAAGUCAAGACAGACGAAAUUUUGACAGCGCGCGCUUUCAGAAUUUGAGGUCUACACCCCUGCCCUUUACGUUGGUAAGUGUUCGCAAUGUUGUUGCUUAAACCUCGUGGGAAAAUGAAAAAUAUUAAUAAUACCUCGAAUUCGCCUGGCUGUUUGUUUUUUUCAGCUCAUUACGUGAUAUUAAAGAGAUGUUAGAAGGAUUACAAUACAACGCCUCAGUUUUCACUCACGUUCCUUGGCAUGGUCAGAUUCACCUGCAAAAAUAGGACAGUUUCUUUUUCGUUUCGGGGGAUAACCAUCUUCUAAUUGCCUGUAGUUGCCUCUAUUAGAGUUGACCGUUGUUGCUUGAGAACGAGGUUCAAUCAGCCCUUUGGAGUUCUUAUUAUACGGCGACGAAUUAUUUACUUGUGUCAAAAUUGGAUUUUUAAACUAAAACUCGAAACUUAAAUCGAAGUCCAACACGAACUCGAACUCGAAAACAAAUUCGAGUACACCUUACUCUCCCUAAGCAGAGACCAUAGUGAUUGACAUACCACGUCCACUAUUUCAAACUUCAAUCCUUCAUUUUAACCAGAAUCGAAGUUCUUCGUUUUUUAAUGUUGUUGGUGAUCUCCCGGCAAGAGAAGCUCCUGGAAUAUCGUCCUCUGUAAGCCCACUUGCAGCCAUUCGUGACAGUCAAGACACAAGGAAAAGCCUGGCCCCACGACCUCGCUUUCGUGCAACUCGGCCUGGGCCGUCCGAGUGACCUCCAUAAUUGCAUUCAGUGUAUAGCGAUUGAUGUAACACGUUCACUAUGUCAAACUUCAGUCCUUUGGUCAACACACGUGUGAAGUUGGUUCGCCUGCAAAGAGGGAAAGUUGGUUUUUGAGCGCCUUGAAUACAGUCGGUGGGUGUUUUAGAAAAAUGUUUCAAGUCGCGAUUAAAAGGGAUGACUCGAAAGGACCUCAUCAAAUAUUCAAAACACUGACGUCAGACGGCGAAGAGUAUUUGGAAAAUAUUCAAUAUGGCGUCCGAAAGUUUCCGCUGUCACUUUCCUCUUUCGCAUUUAUGUUUUCUUGAGAUAUAUUUUAUAUUACAAAGCGCAAUGAUCGUAUAGUUUUGUAUUGUGCAAGCGUUUGAGCCCCUUUCGAUUGUUUAAAGCGAGUGAUGCAUAAUUGAGUCGCUGCCGAUGUGAUGAGUCCCUCUGACUCAUCCCUCGGUCCUUUUAAGACCUUUUAGGGCCUCUCGUAGACGAUAAUGACUGACGUUUGACAAGAUUCGGAAGUGAAAUUUCACGCUUCGCUUCCGGUAGGUGGAGAACCACGGUCUGACGAAAAAAAAAAUGCGGGAAAAUUAGAGCGGGAAUAUUAAACAUCUCGUGUGCAAGGUCUGGAAUGGAUUUGCCAUUUAGGAAAUUAAAGGAUUUUGUGCCCACAGACAGAACGUUUGGCUACUUUGACAAAGUGGAUGAAGCAUACCAACCUCUACGUGAAUUCGAAACAAUAACAACGAUAAGAUUGGAAAAGAUCAAGUUGAAAUCUAACACUUCGCCGAGAUAAGUAUCGCUUUGCAUUAAACUGCACAUAGAGCUCUCACGCAAAACGAAUUCAAUCUCACGCUUUCACCCUGAACUAGAUUUCUAAUUUAAACGUUUGAUUUUAAGUUAGCAAACUGCUGCUUAAGCUAGGUACAGCAAGGUGAUACCUUCGGCAUCACAAGCGACGGCUAUGCGUUAAAAAAUGUCACCUUUUGGCAGAAAACCAAACUUGGGGAACUGUCACACAACGUGCGUGACUGAAAUACUGCCCCUGUUGUGUUUUAAUUUUUAAUAAACUGGCAGACGGUGGAAGGAGCCCAUUAUUAAGCAAUGGGCUUCUGACGGUGAGAGGUUUAAAAAAAAAAGUUUUCUUCGAAGAUCCUGCGGCUGGACAUAACAGGAUAAAAUUUGACGGAUGCCCAUUGAUCAUCGUUGGGAGAGAAGUAUCUGACUGUUAGCAUGUGGUAGACCGUUACGCCAAGGAAAAGAAAAGUAGCCAGCAAAAAAAAAAAAGUGAGAAAAUAACCUUGAAGAAAAAGAAAGUAAAACAAGCAUAAUUUUUUUAAAAUAACAUCUUAUCUUGCAGAUGGACGGAGACCAUUGUUUCGUUUCAAAAAGAAAAAUGUUUAAGUGGACUAUUAAGAAGCUCAGUUGCCCAACUAAGGUGGUUAUCUGAGAAGACGCUGCGAUUACCUGAUUGUAAGGUACCUCCGCAAUAGCCCAACAAACAGUUUUUAAAUUGCUGGGUUUUUUUAUCUUUGUCGGACAAUGUUAAUAAAUUAUUGGCGAAUUACCCAGAUAAAAUAAAAAACCGCCAGUGGAGUAAAAACGUUACUGAUUCUGUUGACUUUUCCUCAUGUAAGUUGAAAUUCGUACCAGGUGAAACGUCACUUCCACACUUCCGCCCUGAGAGUACGGUCCCUACAAUACUCGAACACGAUCAAAAGAUCGUUUGAUGUCUGAACUCUAUUUCGGUACAUGAAGUCCUUUUUAGAACUGAACUUAGGUAUCCUUUUAAAUCUGAAAUAACUGUUUAAUUUGCUUUUGAACUCUUAGUUACAUGGACCAUGGAACACAUGAAACAGAGCUCCUACCUAUAUGUGAUACGUCUGACGUAACAGUUGUUUUCUCAGUGCAAAAAUGCCUUUUUAGUAAAAAAGUUGAUUUGCCAAAGAAAUAUCAUAGCAGUUAUAUACAUUAUUUAAGCUGUGAAAAGAGAGGCCUAAAAAAAUUUAAGUGUAUUUAUUUAAACAUACAGCCUGCACGAAUUUCAGAUAUUCUUUGAUCUCGUCUAAGAUUGUUCACAUUCAAUAACUUUGUCCGCAGUUUGAAAACUGCGUGGCAAUGUGUUACUUGUACAUUUAAAUCAAUGUAAACAUGGCCUUUCAUAUAUGAGAUAAUAAAUAAUUGGCCUGCUCACAGAGGGAUCAUUACUAUGUGGAAAGUUAACUUUAAUAAUUCUAGCUCUGGUGGGUAGGUAUGGUUUACAGCUUAAUCAUGAUGUAAAGACUUGUGUCACAAAAAUUUAAGAUGUGAUAUUAAAAUGUCUCUCCAAAAAUUAAUAAAUAUUUUAUUCUGGGAUGUCUCAUAAGCGACGGCAAAAGAUGUUUGUUUGUACGAUAUGCACGACAAAACCUUCACACGCUACAAACUUAUGAAAACAAACAUUUAUGGAAACUUCCAACUUACCUUAAAGAAUUGUAAUUCUUUGCAGAAGAACAUAGAUUUAAUGUGAACGAGGAUAUCGACGCAUUAACUUUCGGCCGUCAUAUUGAAUAUUUGCCGAACAUUCUUCAGAGACGUCGUCUGACGUCUGUGUUUUGAAUAUUUAAUGAGGUCCUUUCGGGUCAUCCCUUGUAACCACGACCGCUUGGGUCUUCAAGCAUCCUAAUACUGUACAUCAUUACAAAGAGAAUUGAUUUGCACAUCUCAGAGACUUCCUAUUGUAAGCCCUGAAUAAUUGUGACUAACUAUAAAUGAACUAUUGUGGACGGCGAAGCUGAUUACUUGUCAGGAUCUUUAAAGUAUUUGGAAUGAAGCUUGGAGCGUUCAUGUUUCUUCUUGGCGGAAGUAAGUACUUUUCGAUGUGAUAACUUAAUUUUUUUAACGUAUAUUUAAACGAACUAAUUUAUAGUUCGAGAGUAUCGCAUGAUGAUAGACGGGGGCGAAGCCAGAGUCUGUUAUCGCGCGAUAAAUGUGAAGAGCGAAAAAUUAAACUGUUUUGUUUUAAAAUCUACCACACGUUCAGUCUCAUUAGCAAGACAGGCUCAAUCAAGUUGAAAUUGAAUAACGAUCUAAACUGCAACUCCAACACACGGGUAAUCGACACUCGCACCUCACUGCGUUUACCCUGGUGUACUCCUUUGAAUUUUAUUCAAGGAUCAUUGAAAUCUUCAUUCGCUCGAACCUGAAACGAAAAGGUUUCUGUUAAUAGGUAUUUUACAAGAGCCUGAUACAGUCGGACCUCGAUUAUUUCGAACUUGUUGAAAUAAUCCGGAUAAUCGAGGGUCCGGAUACUCGAGAAUAUGAAUAUUUUAAUAUUCAUAUUCUCGAGUAUCCGGACCCUCGAUUAUCCGGAUUAUUGAGUGAUUUAGAGUGAUUAAAAAUCACUCUAAAUCACUCUUAAUUUCGAUUCUCUUGAAGAGGGCAGUAGCCAGACUUCGGAACAAGACGAGGCAAGUUUCGAGCGCCGUAGGCGCGAGCCGCUAAGGGAGUCUGGGGGCAUGCACCCCCCCCUCAUUUUCUCAAUUAAACGUUUCUUAAGAAAAAAAAAAGCCAAAAUCAAGACGAGGCAAUGGCCUCGUCUUGCCUCAUGCUAAUUACGGCCCUGUUGAACAGAGAUUAAAUUCUUUUGCCAAGAUUUAUGUCUCUUCAGAGAAGAAUUUAUCAUUUCAGAUUCUUGUCCCAAAGGAGAAUUAUAAUUCUGAGAAGAAAUCGUAUUCUUGAGGAAAGAACUGCGGGUCUUCUCCCAAAGUUAAGAAUUCCUAUAAGAAGAAUUUCUUGUAUGUCUGAUUCUUGUUAGAAGAAUAAUAAUUUUUUCCUACAAUAACAAAGUUAUAUUGCCAAGAACCAGUUAAUGAGGUAUUCUUCUGUAAAGAAACACUGCUCACUUCCCAAGAUGAUAUCCAUUUCAGGAAAGAAUUGUGGGUCUUCUCCCAGGGUUAAGAAUUCUUACGAGAAGAAUCUCAUGUAUGUCUGAUUCUUAUUAGAAGAAUACUAGUUUUUUCCCACAAGAACAAAAUUGUUUUGCCGGGAACCAGUUUAUGAAGUAUUCUUAUAUAAGAGGAAACACUGCUCUCCUCCCAAGAUGAUAUCCAUUUAAGCAAAAUCCCAUUUUUUAAGCAAGUUUAUCAGAAGAAUUACUGGUCUUGCCUUAAGACACAAUAUUUGCUAGCGAGGAAUGUCAGUUCCUAAGUCUCCUCACAAGAAUUUUUGACCUUCACCCAAGAGUGAAUAUUCGUUUUUAAAUUGAUCAUUCUUCUCCAGAGAUUGACUUUGCUUGUGUGAAGAGUCACAUUCAAAAGCAUUCUUGCAGAUAAAGUCUUUGUGCUCUUCUGAGGUCUGAAUAUUCUAUUGAAAAGAAUCUAUGCCUUUUCUGGGUUUUGUUGAGUUAUAUAAACAAUUGAUUUAUACGAUCAAUAUAACAAAAUUAACUUAUAUAUUCGUAAUAUAUGCAUCAAGUUAUCAAUGGACAGCUAUAUCAACAUUCACUGUAUCAACAACAUUCUCUGUUUAUCUACAUAUCUCAUUCCUUGUUCUUAUGAUAAUAUCACAUCACCUUUAAAUCAUAGCCCAUUUUUAAAAUUAUUUUCUAACAAACAAUUCACAUGAAAUAUAAUUAACUUAAUAUUUUCACAACAUCAUGAUGUAUACAUCAAAUUAUCAAUGAACAACUAUAUCAACAUUCACUGUAUCAAAAACUUUCAAUUUUUAUCAAUAUAUCUCAUUCUUUGUGUAUUAGUUAUAUAUAUCAUUCCCAGAUUAUACCCCAUACCAUUUACUGACUGUAACAAUCUGCAAAAAAGCAGUUGUUGAACAUCAACGAAUUAAUAGCAUGCCAAUUGCAACCUCUAGUUCUUUCCUAUGAUCCCUUCUCUAGCUGCGCAAUCCAGUACUUAUCUGUUCACAAACAUAGUUGAAAGGGGAAGGGGAAUGCUCAGUUAUGAAUCACACAAAAAUAGCUUAAUUCUUUUGCAAACUGAAGCCUUCAAGUACAUAAUUCAGCCCCAUUCAGUUGCAAUUUUAUCCUAACUUCGAGCUCUGCAGCUGCAACUGAAAUUAAAUUUGUCAGUCCCUACAAUCAGUACAGUAUGAACAGGGUUCAAUCAGUUCCUGAAGAGCACUUCCUCCUAACAGCUUUGUUAACAGCAUGUCUCCAAUGAAGGUUAAGUCCGAUCAAGCAGGAUUCAGUUUCUUAACCUCUUCUUAUUGAUUCAAGCUUCAGUCGAUCGGUUGACACUGAAUUGUUGUAACAAAACCAACCUGACACUCAGAAUAUUCCAAUUGAAUCACUCUAUGUCAACCCAGAUUUAAUGCCCUCCUAACGUUCAAGUUAACCUUGGAGCGGAAUGCAGUAUUUGCCACUGAAAUCUCCUGCCUCAUAUGAGAUUAAAACAAGCCAACGACAACCUAAUAUUUGGCGCACUUUUUCGGAAGCGUUUCAAAAGGUUGAUUGAGCCCGCGCAACCGAAAUCGGAUAUAGGGCGGUUACCAAGAGCUUAGUAUCGAACGUGUUCCUCUUGCGAGUUAACACAACAGUCGAAUGACAAAAAUUUAAGGACUAUUUUGGAACUGCACAAACCUUCAAAUAAAUCUUUCGCUUCCAUAGCUAUUACUUUUGGUGUUGUGAAUGUUCACACGAAAAUUUAAUGUAAGUUAUCGCGGCUACGACAUCGUUUUUCGUUUUCCCAAGGAAUCGUUCAUGUACCUACUACACUGUUAUAAUGUAGCAAAGCUUUACAGACUUUAUCAGAUAAUUAGGUUUGUAAUUAUCAAAGUUGCCAGCAAUAGAAGUUAACUUAAUAACAUUUUGGUUACAAGAGAUUCUGCCUCUUAUCUAGGACUGAUCACGAACAGUUUUUCGCAUGAGUCUAGUUACUUCAAGGAAAGUGCGACGCACAGAUUUUUAUCCACGAUGUGGAAAAUUUGGGAAAGCGUACGAAUUGUUUAAUUCAGUAAACUUCACGGGGCCUUUACCCACUUCUUUUUGUUAAAUUUUUUUUUUACGCUUUCUGAUUUGGAUGAAACGUCGUGCUUUAUCAGAGUACAGAUGCACCGAGUAACUUUAUCUCGCCAUCAACCAUUUUGUGCAAUGACCGACUAUUUCCCGGACUUCUCUCACUUUUUUUUUUUUUAACUUUUUUCUUUCUUUUUUCUGUUGACCCACAAGGCUUGCAUGACCUAGAACGCGAACAUAAAAAACGAGCACCCGACUUCAAUUGAUCUAGAUCAAACUUUAAGUAAUAGAACAAAUCACAUGGAGAUAGAAAGUGAAAUUUCGUAACCAAGGUAUCGAUGAAAACACCGAGUCAGCUAUGUAUAUAUAGCUAGUAGGAACUAGAGAAAUAAACAAGGGUUUGUAGACAUGCCAAACGUCGAAACUGACGAAAUUGUAACUUGAGCAGAGACGAAAAACAUCAAAGAGAAAACGGCGGAAGUAAACUGUCCGAGUUUUUGAAGGUUUUCACGCUUUGAGACUGUCUCAAGCUUAAUUACGGUAAUAGAAUUCAAACACUGCUAACACUCACAUAAUAAAUAUAGAUAAUUUUUCUUCAAAAACAAAUCAAACAGGAAUGAUGAAAAACCUGCUGACUUGCGGAACUAUUUCAGUUUGGGAGCUAUUUAAGUCUGUGAGCUAUUUCAUUUUGUGACCAUUAAUUAUUUAUGAGGUAAUAAGCCAAUAAGAUUGUCUCCUUUUGUCAGGUGCAUUACUUCUGAUUCCCCAUGAAAACAAAGAUCAAGAUGGCUCCGAUUAGUUAAAAAACUGAUCAAGACAAUGAUCAAAGCACUUGAACUUUUAUUUGAAACCACGUUUACAUUUUACUAGUUACUGAUUGUUGUCUUUAGUAAAGUAACUGACGACGUAAAAAAUUACAAUUCUGGAAAUUUUGAGGUGAAACGAAGCAUUACUUACAUUUACAUCACCGUUUAUUAGUUUUUUAGAAAACCUCAGAAAUUAGAAAACCUACUUAAAACGGCGGCCAUUGUUUCGCUCUCAAAUUUUCAAAUUUUGUUACGACAUCCAAGGCUCGCAUUUGAUUGGCUAUCUGUGAGUUUCUUUGAUGAUUCAGAAUGUCUGAUUUGUUAAUUUCUAUGCUUUGAAUUAAACCUUUUCUGCACUGAAUUAACUCUCUUCUGUAUUACCUGAAAACUGCAUUUAUCUUAACCAAUCAGAACAAAGUAAUUUUUCCAUGUAUAUUAUUAGUAUCAAAACAGAAAAACUUAAUUUUAACUCCUAUAAAUAUAUCUUCUGUAUGAACGUCAACCGUCAACGCAGGCGGCCAAAACGUACAUUUCGGGGUUUAAAGGUCAUAAACAGGAAUAUGUAAUACCACGAGAAUAUCAACCUGAAUAUGUGUAUUAACUAGAGUAGUACAAGCCAAACUGAUUUCCUCGGUAUGAAAUCUAUCUCCUUGUUCAGUGGUAUUAAAUUUCUCUUUAGUUCAUUGAAGUCGAAAUUCCCUCAAUAUUACACGGUUGUCUGAUAAAUUUAGAUUGAAUUUUAAGCGUUCGCCUGUGCCUUAAAAAAUAUUUGUAAAAAAUGUUGAAAAAAUAACCAUGAUAAUAAAAGCGAGAAAUAUGACGUGUUAAACCUCCCUACCUUUAUUGCAUAGACGCCUUGUCUUUUCCGACCGUUUUUAUCGAAUUUCUUUGUACCGUUUGUUCUACACUAUAUAAUUUAUAAUUUCUCUUUUCGCUUUUCCCCCACCCCUCCCCUGCUACCGCUGUCCCUAUCUCCAAAUCAAACAUGACCAGUUGAACAAACGAUCGCGUGUUUCUUAAAGUUAACUAUCCCUGAUAAGACGCCUGCAAUGCAGGCUACACAUAACAGGUCUGGAAAAGUUAAUCCAAAAAUAAGUUUUCGUGGUUUCUCUUUCAGGUGCUGUGGUGCUUCUUCCGAAAGCAGCAAGUGUUACUGGUAAGUGUAACAGGGCAUCAACUUAUGCGAUUCCCAUCUUUGGUUUAAGUAAACAAUUUCUCGGUGAACUUUGGCCAAGAAAUGACAAUCGAAUAAGUUGAGAUUGAAGGAGAUGAUACUAGUUCAUUGCCAUGUUUUGUACAUUUUGGGCCAGUGAAUAGCCGAGCAGUCGACAUAAAAUUUCUACCAGCAAUCGAAUAGAACAGUGUUUAGCUUGCUGUUCUAGUAUAGACACCUACAAGACAAAAUUCUAAGGCUUUUUCCUUUAAUUGAAAAACGUGAUGACUGUUCAGUUUUUGUGAGGGUGUGUUUGCGUGAGUUCGAUUUCUCUCAGUUGCCCUUCUCAGUCAAAACUCGAUCCACAGAUCGAGAUCGAAAGAGGUCGCCGGGUACACUAUCCAAAGAUUCAACACACGAUCGACUCAGUGAUUGCAUCUGUUUCCACGUCUGAGAAACAUAUCUUUAGUUUACGGGCAGACUGGUUUUAAGAACUAACAUCCGCAGCAGCAACCGAUGAGCGCUCAGCAACCACUCUUGGAAGUAAUUGUCAUGUUUUACGUAACAAUGACCAAAAGAGCAUAGGGAGAGAGAAAUAUAGAAGGCACAUGGCCGACUUUGUGUGAAGUUGUGUUUUUUCAUCGGUUAUUUACUUAGCGAGGGAACAACAGUAACUGUGGCUUUAAAUUCUUUCGACAAUACUAUACGCAUCAGUAAGGACUAAAACAGGGGUUCUACUGAGCUCUGAAAAAAAAAGCUCCAUCGGUUUUUGUGUAAAGGAAAAUCACUUUCUUUUCAACGGUCAGCCUGAUGCAAAGCACAAAUUUGAAAUAUUGUGGCAAGUCGCCCAAAAUUAGAUUUCACUCCUACUUUCAUAUUUUGUAGCCCAAUAUGUCCUAAUAAUUGUGGUGUAUUUUUUUUUUUUUGGGAAAAUAUAUUUUAGUUUUCGAGAAAUGAUUUUUUUCGUUCGACCGCUCAAAUAUGCAAAUUUUUACCGUAAGUAUUAACCGAGUUGUGUGACCUCAUGUAACAAAUAAACUUGACCUUCGGUAUUUCUGCCAACAUAAUCCUUUGUUUUAUCAUCUAAACUUAAUCUCCUGUCAUUACUGGAGCUGGCAAAGAAAUAUUUAUUUUUUGGUAAAUAUUUUUGUCCGACAUACUUUUCUUAUGUCGAAAAGUAACAUCAAAACAAAGACAGUUUUAACAAUGACCGAUAUGAUAGAAUCUACUGAGCUUCGAGCUUUUAAAGUUACUGUAAAAAUUUCCUUGUGUAAUUGUGUUGCUCUAUCUUGAUACGAACUCAAAGUCCGGCAAAAUUUACCUGCCUACUUGUCGCACCGUUUACUUGUCGCACCGUUCGCGUCCCGCCAAACGGCGGGAAGCGAACAAAGUGUUCAGACAUUAGUAUAGAAAAUUCCGCCUCUGCCUGGAUUUUUGGUAGCCUAUUGACCGAUUCCCAAUCGAGACUUGGGUCUGACGGGACGCGUAAUUUUUCUCACGGUGGUAAGUAGCCUACUUACUACAGCCAGGCUGUAUGAAUUCUCCAGACAUCUUGAGUACUACCUGUGAUACACGCUUGCCAAUUCCCCUAUCGGCUUUUGCAAUCGACUUAACCUUACCAUUGCAAUGGCCGGACACCUCUUUAGGCACUCUGCAUCUACUAUUGGAACCACAACUCUACCCAAUAUCUACGUGUGGGGCAAAUUGCAAAAUAAUCGAUAUCUGUUAGCGUCUCGAAGAUGCCGGUGUCACAGCGGAUAUGGACCCCCCUUCACAGAUUUGGACCAAACCCUACCAAACUUUCCUUUUAAGCAUCCUUUGUAACAUAUUUGGUUACACAAUUCUAUUUGCAAGCUUUUUGUCGAUGUUCUUCUCAAUCACAACACAACAUUCCUCAAUAAAGGUAAAAAUAAAAAAUAAAAAAAAACACUGGCCAUUUCGUUCCAAUUCUACCGCAUUUAUUAUAGCAAGUUGUACCGUAUACGCAAGAAUUCGAUAUGAACAAACUACUGCAUUCGAACUAUUGAAAUAGUUACAACAAAUCUUUGCUUCUUCUGAUGCGAAUCAACAUUGGUACGAAACGUCAUAAAAAUAGUGGAGUCUGUUGCGUCCAGUCACAAAAAUAACUCAGUCUGAUUUUCUAAAAUAAUAACAUUAAACAGUUUUUGAACAAGAACGAAGAAACUACUCCUACUACAAGUCGUUCGUAAAGCCUAUGAUAAGUAAAAAUGUUUCUAUUCUGAACUAUUGGAACUCUCAGCUUAUUUUCAGAUGCAAAUCAACUUAGAUGUCUACGUCUUAACUAAAGUGGAGACUAUUACAUCGAACUCAAUCUUAUUUUCUAAUUUUAACUAUUAUUAACUGUUGAGGGAUCCGAAAUAACACCUUAACAAUUACGAAGACGUGUAGAGUCUGGCGAUCUGCAGACAAUGCAGAGCCACUCGCCCUCCGGGGCAGUCUUAAAUCUCUCGAAGCUCAUGUGUAACCAUUCCUCGCACAACUUGCACUAUGCCAUGUCGUCCCAACACUCGGGCAUUGAACAAUGACAAAAUAAAUUAGUGCCACAAGUUUAUCUCUUAUUGAAUCUAGCGGCGUUCGACUAUCGCGGAAAAGGUUCAAAAACGACCUCUCUCCUUACAUUAAACUAAAUUCUUGCCCAUUUUCCCUUGGUCAAAAGAAACAUCCGACGGGAUGCCAGUUCGUAUGCAUUAACGAUACGCAUGUUUUGAAUUAAAAACAUACUUUAGUGCGCACUGGAACGUAAAGUAUCAUCCAUCUUUACUAGAACGUUAAGGAUGAUGUUUUCGCUUAGUUUUGUUGGGGGUCCAAAUCCGCGGAGGGGGGUCCAAAUCCGCUAGGACACUGGCAAGCGACAAAAUAAGAUCAACUUCGUUUUCUGAAUCUGAAAACUUGCAACUCCGCAAGUGACUUGAAAUGUCUUUUUUACAACUAUGCAAGGGAACGACUUGAGAUAUGCAACUUCGGUCUUCUCGAUAACUAAACCCUCGAGUUCCACCAGCGAACGAUUUAAAUGAACAGCAAAUUUCCAUGUUAGCAUGUAAGAUGAGACGCUUACACAACAGGUAAUUACCUAAAUCUGUAUGUAGCUUGUCAAUCAAAUUGACAUUUGUAACCAUUCUUUGACUUCGGCCGGCAAAGGAAUCAUUGAUCGUCUUUAGUUUUCUGAAUGCGGUAGUUCCUGAAAGGUUUUUUUAGAUAUUAUACAAAGAGGAAUCAAACUGCUCUGUGAGAAAACUCGUGAAUUCACACAUGAUUUUUUGGAUUAUGUUUAAUGUUAUCUGGUUUAGGGAAUUUUGUGGUUGAUUGUCAUAUCUAGAGCAAGAGCAAUAGUUCAGUGUUUGCAGCAAAGAAACAAAGUAACGUUGGGAUAAGAAGGCAUAACUGAAAUGAUCAUGCUAUUACAUUUGACAAGGGUGGAUGAUGUCGUGUUUUAAACGUAUAUCAUUUUUGUUUCUGGUUCAAAAGAAAAGGUUGGAAGAACAUGUGGGUGAAAAGUGAAAUUUACUGUGUAUCAUUGUAAAUAUUAAAAAACCAAGGCAAUACUGUCAUAAUGAAAACAUUAACGAUUCCCUCUUUAUCAAAUGAGACAAACGGGAAUGAGUUUUGAGUGAUAUUACUAAGCCAAGACUGCCACCGUCAUUUUGGAUCUCCGCCUGGGUAGAUUUUAGUCAAGUGCUAGGCAACGUAUAAUCAAGAACAAGAUAGAAUUUCAUUUCAGGCCUAUUUAUCAAUUUUGUGGUGUAUAACUUUCGCGUUUUAGUACGUAAUAUUUAUUUUGAAUCCCCAAAUUGUCUUGAAACUUAAAAGAAAAUUGUUCUUUAAAAAUUCACUGAAAAUCGGUAGCUAAAAUUGUUUGUUUAGGUGUUAUUUGAUUUUCGUGAUAACUUGUAAUUUCGUCAGUCGCCGGCAUCUUUUGUUGCUUCACACAGGAAAAACACACGAUACGAAACGUAAUGAUCGAUUUUGUCCUCAAUCUCACGCCAUAACAGAAAAAGCUUUUGAACAUCUGUAAACUCCGACCGCUUCGCGGUAAGUGAUAUUUUCAAUGAAUCCUCGGAUUGUUUUCAAGUUCAAGGAUUGUAAAUUACAAUUUUAUGAAAAAUGAAGGUUGUUCUGUUAUUUCAGUGUGAAUCCUUGCAUGCCUGCCAGUCGCUGGCGCCGCUUGUUGAAACUAAAACGAAAAUAAAAAACUCUUUUAAGAUUAUCAUUGGCUUCUUUUUCACCCCACCACCAUUCUUAGCAACAAAGGUCGCCAUUUCGUUUGUUUAUUGCUCGCCAAAAACUGCUAAAUGCACUCAAAAGCCUACAAUCGGAAUCGACCAAUCGAGCGAGUGCCAUUCUCCAUUCUCUCCAUUCUCUGUUUUGAUGCUACUAUUCGACAGAGGAAAAGUAUGUCGGACAAAAAUAUUCACCAAAAUAUAAAUAUGACUUUGCCAGCUUCAAUAAUGACAGGGGAUUAAGUUUAGAUGAUAAAACGAUGAAUUAUGUUGACAGAAAUACCGGAGGUCAAGAGUAUUCGUUACACGAGGUCGCACAACUCGGGUAAUAUUUACGGUGAAAAAUUGCAUAUUUGAGCGGUCGAACGAAAAAAUAAUUUCUCGAAAACUAAAAUAUAUUUUCACAAAAAAACUACACCACAAUUAUCAGGACAUAUUGGGCUACAAAAUAUAAAAGUAGGGGUGAAAGCAAAUUUUGGGUGACUUGCCGCUGUUUAUCUGAUGCAUGCUGACAUUAGCUCUUAAGCUGGCUUUUCUUCGUCAAUCACUCGUGCACAUUUCUCAAAUGGUUUCACUCGGAAGAUGCCCUCAUUUUUCAGUUCAGGAAGGUAGUGAGCAGUGCGACCAUGUACUUUGUUCGCCUUCUCUAGGGCGUGGUUUUUCCAUUCUUGAAGGUUCUGGGGAUUCCACGUCCUUGGUAAUAACUCGCUUACGUAGGUAGAAAAACGAUACGAGCACUUUUUCUUGCCAUUUUUACUGAGCAUGUAAAAAAGAGCCGAUCAGAAUGCGAGAAAGUCGUUACAAAGUUUGACAGUAAUGAAGUUAACCUUUCCAUCACGGACGAUGGGAAGUCUGCAAAUUUGGGCAUACUUAAGACGCUGGAGUAGUUCGUUGACCAGCAGGCAAGGAGGUGAUACUCCUACAUCGUAUCUAAUUUAGAAUACAUAAACUUUCCUUCGUUCUCUCAAUUUUUUAUUUUUCAUACCUCAUGAUGCUAGCAGAGCGAAUUUAUUUCCCCUUUUUCUCAAAGGGUAUUUCAAAUGUCGUUCUUUUCAUAUUUUCGUAUAUUCCAUCGAACGAUCUGGUCAAAUGCAAUUACAAUUAUAAGCCGAUGUUGGCUGUUGGCUUCCCUAUGCCUAGCUAAAUUUUAUCCUCAUACCCACAGUUCGUUUGGUGAGCCCCACCAAUCUACCGUCAUCUGGUCGUGUUGAAGUGUUUUAUAAUCAUACAUGGGGAACCAUUUGUGAUGACUUAUGGGACUCACAGGACGCUGAUGUAGUUUGUCGCCAGCUUGGAUACGAUGGAGCUUUAUCAGCACCUAGAGAGGCAGCGUUUGGACAAGGAACUGGUCAGAUAUGGCUGGAUGACGUUAGAUGUGUUGGAAAUGAGAAAUCCAUAUCACAGUGCAGUCACCAAGGAUGGGGAAUUGAGAACUGUUAGCAUAGUAAAGAUGCUGGUGUGGUAUGCCGACCCAAAG